AUGAAGCCCCGCCCCCUCACUGACUCCAUAGCAACCGAGCAACAGAGAGACCGAGAGAGCAGACUGCGGGGGGCUCCCAAUAUCGGGGUACGGGGGGGGGUGUAUGGGGAUAUAGUAUAGAAGGAGGGGGUGUAUGGGGGAUAUAGUAUAGAAGGAGGGGGUGUAUGGGGGAUAUAGUAUAGAAGGAGGGGGUGUAUGGGGGGGAUAUAGUAUAGAAGGAGGGGGUGUAUGGGGGAUAUAGUAUAGAAGGGGGAUAUAGUAUAGAAGGAGGGGUUGUAUAAUAUAGAAGGAGGGCGUGUGAUACUAUCUUAUUUUAUCACAUUUCCCUCCACCACUAGAUAAUGGCGGAUGAAAAAGCUGCUAGUCUUAGCCCCUGCCUAUUGCACAACUGGUUGGAAGAGGUAAACUGACUCCUCCCCUUCCCCUUCCUCCCCCUCUCUACACAGACACCAAUUUUCUCUUAAUGUUUUUUCACGCUUUUCCCAAUCCUCCCUGUACCCCAACUGUGUACCUCUGCCAAUGUUUGCUUCCUAGCUGGUACCGGGGAAAUACACAGGAGAUAGGGGAUCGCCUGGCACCCCGACUGGGUACCUCUGUUGAAGGAUGCUCCUAGCGCUUACAGAGGGCUCCAAGCGCUCCGCCAGACACCACAACCACCGCAGACCCCACGAACCGCCACAGCUUGGUUAGAGUCUCGCCGUCUCCUACCCAUCCUGGACCUACGACCAGGUUCCAGUGGGUGAACCUCUCCUCCAAGAGAGUGAAGCAGGAACAAGCUCUUAAAAGAGCUUAGAAGUGAUUAUCCAAGGGAGCAUGCAGAGCAUAGCAAUCCCUUGUAGUGGUGUAACGGACCGUUUAGGCGAUAUUCACCUUUCAGAUGCACAGACAACUACUGCAAUCACCAAUCUCCCGAACUGCAAACUACACAAUUUUUCCAACUCCCAAACAGGAAACUCACGAAUACUGGAAACAGCUGAAUAGGAAAAACCAUACAAAAGGUUUACACUCCUGGCAGUCAGCAUACAAUCCAAUUCCCUCAAUAAUGAGACGACACUUCACUUUGAGGGUUAAGCAGGAACUCUCUGUAAUGGCCACACACUGGCUUUUAUGCAAGUCCCCAUGCAAGGGGACAUCCCACAGGGUGGGACACAGUACAACCAAUAGUUACAGGGGAACCGUAAAACACACCCACAAUUACAUCACAAUCCAUCCUCUCUGUCCUGGAGAUAAUUGGGGAAGUAAUUUAAUUAUCUCCCAGGACAGAGGCAAGACUCCAUUAACCACAUGGCAGUAACAAUACAAUAAAAGACAUAAAAUUACAUACAGUUACAUUAAUUCCAUAAAACAUAAACAUUCUGCCUAUCCCCAGAUAGUUUAGAUCUGAGCGCACAUUACUACCGAAUGACGCUCAGAUCACAUACAUACAGUUCAAUCGCCAUGGAGCCAAAGUCUUUCAUACAGUCUUUCAGUAUACGGCUGGGCUCCAUGGCAUAGCUAUCUGGGGUAGCAUGGCUUUAACAGGCCACAGAAAGGCACGAAUAAACCUUUCUGCUGGUAAAUUAAAAGUUUAAAAUGCAGGACCAUAGUCUAAAGGGAGCAGGCGAGCAACCAGGCUUCUCCAGUGUACAGUGGCGAGGUUGGUUUUGCCACACUUCUCCCCUUUACCAAUAAGACUAACAGGGUAUCUGACAUCAUGCCGGUCAGUGCCCUUGUUAGUCCAGCAGCCCACCCAGAAAACACAAUCAGUAAUACAGCCCACCCACAAGAACUGGUUACUACACCUGGGUAGAGGAGAACGUUGUCCAUGUCCAGGCGCCUCACCAUGGCUGUGUGGGUGACUGGUAAGCGGACUGGGUGGGUUGCUGAAUGGGCAGAGACCAGCGGUACUCUGUCCUGGUGCCAGCACUACUACGGAAGUAGUCUGGUUGGAGCCUGGUUGCUGGAGGGGGAGACCGACUGUCUCCCCUUUGGCUAAACAGCCCUGUCGCUGGGGGGCAGAACUGACCAUCUCUACCCCCUGUGCUGUAAGUGCAGAGACCACGGUCCCAUCUGCACGGUUGUGGGGCUUCUCAUCUCCCCUUGGUGGGCUAUGCUGCCGCUGUGGAGAGGGGGCAACAAGCUCUUCUCCCUGACACACUCCCUGCUGGGGGAGAGGGGGACCAACUGUCUCCCCUUUCAAUAUAUUGUCCUGCUGCUGGGGAGGGAGGACGAUACCUUCAGCUCCCUGGGACACACACUGCCGCCGGGGAGGAAGGACGAUACCUUCAGCUCCCUGGGACACACACUGCUGCUGGGGAGGAAGGACGGCACCUUCAGCUUCCUGGGGGACACACUGCCGCUGGGGAGGAAGGCCGGCACCUUCAGCUCCCUGGGACACACACUGCCGCUGGGGUUCCUCGCAGGACCAUUCUAGGAGGUCCGCCACCUCGGGUACCGCUGGUUGCUGUUGGGGAAGAGGACCGGUUGUCUCUUCCUGGGCCUCAUUGAUGAGUCGCAGGUAAUCCCACUCCAGGUCACAUUCCUUGGCGACCAGAUACCGUAGAUCUGUCUCGAGAUCAACAGCGCUAGGGAGACCCAGCAUGUCUUCUCGGUCGUAACACAGGUCCCAAAAACGAGAGUCGGUAGCUUUCCCAAAGUCCCAAUAUUAUCCCAAAAUAGGCCAGGGCCAGCGUUAUCUCCGCCCUCUGGGAACUCAUACUCUGCCAUCUCGGGGACACACUGGGCAGCGUACCACUGUAUUGCCUGGUAUGCGUCGUCGAGCGCCAGUUCUGCAUAUACUAGAAUCUCGAGUCUAGUCACCCACGCUUCUUCGGUCCGUUUUCUCAGGAGGGGCAUCCGCUCUGCCAUUCGAGCCAGGAUUCGCUGCCUUCUGCUGCGGCGCCGAUCCCCUCGCGAAUACUGUACUUUCUCUAGGGCUUCGUCCCACAACCCGGCUCUGGCAAUCUCUCUGUACCUCAACAUGUCCUCCCCUGACACUGCUCCAGACCUCAGGGAUAUGCAACAGUACAAUCUAUUUUGAAACUUCUCCUCCAUUCUCUGAGUUCCCUUGUAGAUAGGGGCGCUGUAAGGGUACUGGCGUUGCCCUCAAUUUGUAAUCCAAGAACUGGUGUUGUCUAUUAGCUGUCCUUCUGGGCUGUGGAAAUGAUCCUGUCGCUUGCCACCAAUUGUAACGGACCGUUUUGCCCACAAGAGGUUAAAAACCGUUUAGGCGAUAUUCCCCUUUUUCAGAUGCACAGACAGCUACUGCAAUCACCAAUCUCCCGAACUGCAAACUACACAAUUUUUCCAACUCCCAAACAGGAAACUCACGAAUACUGGAAACAGCUGAAUAGGAAAAACCAUACAAAAGGUUUACACUCCUGGCAGUCAGCAUACAAUCCAAUUCCCUCAAUAAUGAGACGACACUUCACUUUGAGGGUUAAGCAGGAACUGCCUGUAAUGGCCACACACUGGCUUUUAUGCAAGUCCCCAUGCAAGGGGACAUCCCACAGGGUGGGACACAGUACAACCAAUCGUUUACAGGAGAACCGUAAAACACACCCACAUUUACAUCACAAUCCCUCCUCUCUGUCCUGGAGAUAAUUGGGGAAGUAAUUCAAUUAUCUCCCAGGACAGAGGCAAGACUCCAUUAACCACAUGGCAGUAACAAUACAAUAAAAGACAUAAAAUUACAUACAGUUACAUUAAUUCCAUAAAACAUAAACAUUCUGCCUCCAGAAGACUCCAUUGUAACGGCUACCCAGCUGGUGAGGCGUAUCUGCCGUUGGAGACGUCCUUUUCUGGGCAAGCUGCUGUGAAGUAAUGGAAUUCUUAUUCCCAUCCACGAUAUCCAAUUGUAUAAUCCAGGAGUGCUGUAAAAUGAGGCAGAGUAACGGUACCAUAAAUGCCCUCCAAGAACGAGACGAGGCUACGUUUUGAAGGGUCAAGUAGAACUGAUGUUUAUUGACAGGGGUCUCCUUUUAUGCAAUAGUGCCCUCUGUAAGGCUACACCCACAUAAUUAUCACAACAGCCAAUUACAUACAUGGUUCAACCCCCACGUCUCCUCCCCUCAGAUAACAUGAAACACAAUUAAAACAGACACAAUUUUAACCACAUUCUGGAUGUACCCCAAAAACAGGGGGUACACCUUUAAGCACCGCUUUAUAGCUCUCACUCAGGGGAGCAAUAUAUCCAAUUUUCAAGUCAUUCGGUUGAGGGGUUCGGGAGUUAUGGGUCUUUGAAGUUUUGACCGACCGCACAGGUUUACCAGCCGAAAAGAGUUCCAUAAGUUUUGGCCUUGCGGUCGGUCUCCGUUCGUGCAUAAAAACCCCACAAACCCCUUGCCAUCCACAAUAAUCCUGGUGUUCGCCUGAAUCCCCAUGACUGCUUAAAGGACCACUAUAGUGCCAGGAAAACAUACUCGUUUUCCUGGCACUAUAGUGCCCUGAGGGGGCCCCCACCUCGCGACGUCAUCGGCUGAAUGCGCAUGCGCGGCAGGAGCCGCGCGCAUUCAGCCGGUCGCAUAGGAAAGCAUUUACAAUGCUUUCCUAUGGACGCUUGCGUGCUCUCACUGUGAUUUUCACAGUGAGAAGCACACAAGCGCCUCUAGCGGCUGUCAAUGAGCCACUAGAGGCUCUGGAGGCUGGAUUAACCCUCAGUAUAAACAUAGCAGUUUCUCUGAAACUGCUAUGUUUAUAAAAAAAAAGGGUUAAUCCUAGAGGUACCUGGCACCCAGACCACUUCAUUAAGCUGAAGUGGUCUGGGUGCCUAGAGUGGUCCUUUAAACAAAACUACCGAACGGCCGGUCGUUCGGUAGUUCCAGCAUGAACUUACGAGCUCCUGGAGGUCUCAGCGGUGUUCGCCUGUUUGCGUAUCCGUUUUUAGUUCCAUGCGUUCACAGGCAAACAUCGCCGUUCGUGCGUAAGAUGGCCGCGAACACGUGUAAAGUCCCGAAAUGUCGGCCAUCUAUCAUGAGCACAAAGGGAUUCGUCUGAACCAUGCGAACGGUUCCACAAUCACUGGGAGGUAAAAUAGCACUUAACUGUUCCCCUGGGUGGUCUGAUGUUCGGUAUUUUGGGUUGUAUGUUAUAGUAGCAAUAUUCACACGAACACCAGCCAUUCGGUUCUGUUUAAUCCCUCCAGCAGCAUUGUUGAUUAAGUUCAGGCAAAAAUAUAGGCAUAAUUAUAGUUCUGUUACACUGCUCCCCUUUUGUGGAACACUCCGACAGACCCGGAUUGAUCCUCUUCGGGUCAACUUGGGGCUGUCCGGUCUUUAGUCAAGGUAAAAGUUCCGUUUGCCUGGACAGUCCGUCUGCAUUCCCAUUGAACCUGCCAGGGCGAUAUUGGAUGGAGAAGUUAUACGGUUGUAGUGCCAGGCUCCAUCUUAGUAGUCGUCCAUUGUCCCCAGCCACUCGGUUCAGCCAUGCUAGGAGGUUAUGGUCUGUGAUCAACCUGAAUUCCUGACCGCAGUGGUAUGGGGUAAGCUUCUUUAAGGCCCAGACCAGGGCUAGACACUCCUUCUCCACUGCCACGUAACUCACUUCCCUGGGUAAUAGUUUCAUACUCAGGUACGCGACAGGGUGUUCCCCUCCAUCUUCCCCGACCUGGCUCAGAACUGCCCCCAGUCCGUACAUGGACGCAUCUGUAUGGACAACAAAUCUUUUGUUAGGGACGGGGGCAGACAAAACCGGUGCGUUGAUCAGGGCUUGUUUCAGGGUUUGGAACGCUGUUUCGCAGGCGGGAGACCACAGGACUACUCUCGGCAAAUUUUUCUUCGUCAAAUCUGUUAAGGGUUUAGCGAUGGCGCUGUAGUCAGGGACAAAUUUCCUGUAAUAUCCUGCUGUCCCUAAGACAGUUGGCUACAGCCAAGUUGGCUGUGGGCCAGUUGGCUACAGCUUCCACCUUCGCGGGUUCUGGUCGCUGCUUCCCACACCCUACCCGGUGUCCCAAGUACUGUACUUCGGCCAUUCCGAAAUUACAUUUCUCUGGUUUCAGAGUUAGGCCUGCGGCCCUAAUCUGAUCCAUCACAGCCUCUACAUGUCUUAAAUGCUCUUCCCAAGUCUCACUAUAGAUCGCAAUGUCAUCCAGGUAUGCGCACGCGAAUUCCUGGAAGCCAUCAAGGAGGCGAUCCACUAAGCGCUGAAAUGUAGCUGGGGCGUUUUUCAUCCUGAAUGGCAUGACCUUAAAUUGGUACAAGCCAAACGGGGUGACAAACGCCGACUUAGGGAUAGCGUCCUUGGCCAGGGGAAUGUGCCGGUACCCUUUGCACAGAUCGAUGGUGGUCAGAUAGCGUCCCCUGGCAAUACGAUCUAAUAGUUCGUCUACCCGGGGCAUGGGGUAGGCGUCUGUCAUGGUCCUGUCAUUGAGGCGUCGAUAAUCGACAUAGAAUCGGGUUGUUCCGUCCUUUUUGGGGACUAGGACAACUGGGGAGGCCCAGGGGCUGUCGGACGGCUCUAUGACUCCCAGUCUUAGCAUCUCCUGAAUCUCCUUUCUCAUUUCCUCCUUUACAGCUUCAGGGAUUCUGUCUAAGAGGGGUCUGUCCUGGUGUCUCCACAUAAUGUGUCGCUAAGGGGGUGUAACCUGGCUCCUGAGAGAAUGUCAAUCCUUUCUCAUCUAGCAAUUGUUGGAGUUGUUCCCUUUCUGUGGGGUUUAACCGCUCCCCUAGCUGCACUGUGUUAAGCAGAGUUUUCGGCUCGGAGUCAGCUAACAAAUCUGGGAUGGGAAGACUGUCAGGGUCUUCAGUGGCCGGGAUACAUAUGGCCGCUAUAUCUUCGGGCCUUUCUUGGUAUUCUUUUAACAAAUUAACAUGAAACGACUUCUGGACCCUUUCGUCUUGGCUACUGGCAAUUACAUAGGUGGUGUCACAUACCUGGGCCACUACCUUGUAAGGGCCUUGCCAGGAGGUCUGCAGCUUGUUUCACUUGACAGGUCUAAGUACCAGAACUUUCUGCCCUACUUGGAACGUUCUCAAUCGGGCGCCCCGAUCGUACCAGUGUUUCUGACGUCCCUGGGCUGCCUGGAGAUGUUCUCGGGCCAUUCUGGCUAGGUGCCCCAUGCGGUCCCGCAUCUCCAGCACAUACGGUACGAUAGGAACUCCCUCAUGCUCUAUCUCUCCCUCCCAGUGCUCUCGGAUGAGGUCGAGGGGGCCUCUCACUCGCCGUCCAUAGAGCAGCUCGAAGGGAGAGAACCCUGUGGAUUCCUGGGCUACCUCUCGAUAUGCAAACAAGAGGUGCGGCAAGAAUUGCUCCCAGUCUCUGUAUUCCGCUGUAAAGGUCCUUAGCAAUUGCUUUAAGGUACCAUUAAAGCGCUCACAGAGACCGUUAGUCUGAGGGUGGUACGGGGAGCUGAGCAGGGUGUUGACACCACAGACCUUCCAUAACUGCCGGGUUAGAUCUGCGGUGAACUGGGUCUGUAACGGAUCACCUGGCACCCCGACUGGGUACCUCCGUUGAAGGAUGCUCCUAGCGCUUCCUGAGGACUCCAAGCACUCUGGCAGACACCACAAUCACCGAACUGGAGAAACAAAUAAAUUCUCCCAAGCAUAUGAAUGCUGUAGACAGUUGAAUAGGAACCAUAUGAAUAGGUUUACUCUCCUAGCAGUCAAACUGGAACAGCAUACAAUAAAUCCUUCCCCAAUAAUGAGACGACACUUCACUUUGAGGGUUAAAACAGGAACUCCCUGUACUGUCACAUACAGUCUCUUUUAUUCCCAAUCCACAAACAUAGUACAGCCCACAGGGCGUUACAAAACCACCAAUCACAUCACAGUUACAUCCCACAUAUUCCCUCCCCUUAUCCUGAGAGGAAACUCAAUUACACAUACAGUUAAAACAUACUUUCUACCCAACUUUCAUAACUCUAAAACCAUACAUCACAUUCACAUAAAAUUGCAUAUUCACAAUCAAUCCAUUCAGGGGAACAACAUAUUCAAAAAUGGCACAAAUCAGACAAGGGGUUCAAAAGUUAGUAAAAAGUCCUUUGUGACUAAAUGAAGCAUGGCUUUCUGGCCCAAACCAGUUUCAGAGUCUUCUAUCCUGGAGAUAAGUAAUUCAAUUAUCUCCCAGGAUAGACACAAGACUCCAUUAAGCACAUGGUUGCAAAAAGACACAAAACACUUUAAAAUACAUAAAGUCACAUUUUACACACAACACACAGACAUUUCACAUAUCCCCAGAUAGCUCAGGUCUGAGCGCACAUUAUUAAGUGAAUGGCGCUCGGACCACACAAAUACAGUUUAAUCGCCAUGGAACCAAAGUCUUUACAGUCAGUUUCAUACGAAUGGGCUCCAUGGGAUUCCUAUCUGGGGUAUAACACAUUCACAUAAGGUCUGGUCCAUAGUCCAAAGGCAAGAGGCGGGCAAGCAGCCCCCUCCAAGGACACGUGGCGAGGCCGGUUUCGCAGGGUCCCUCGGUCAGAUAAGAUUUCCUGAGGGAAUCCCACUCUGGUGAAUAUCCCGACUAGGGCACUGGCGACCGUGUCAGCCUGGAUAUUCGUCAGAGCGACAGCCUCUGGGUAGCGUAAGAAUAUAUUUCUUACCCGUGGGACUGGGGUUAGGUAGGGGUCCCACUAGGUCGACUGCCACCCGGCUAAACGGUUCCUCGAUCACAGGCAUGGGUAACAGCCGAGAUUUAGGGUGGUCCCCUCUCUUCCCCACUCGUUGGCAUGUGUCACAGGUACUGCAGUAACGCCGCACGUCCUUCGAGAUCCCAGGCCAGAAAACGGUCUGUGUGAUCCUAUAGGCAGUGCGGUUACCCCCUAAGUGCCCUGACAAUGGAAUGUCAUGUCCUAUUCGGAGCAGUUCCAACCUGUACUUUCUGGGUACCACUAGUUGGCGCUUCUGCGAAGGGAUACAGCCUCUCCUCCUACUUUGGGUCAACCUGUAUAAUCUGUCACCCUCCCAUAGAAACUGCUCCCGCUCAUCCCCCCCUCCCCCCCCCACUGUCGGCUAAUUCCCGAUAUUUUUGGAGGGUGGGGUCCUGUCUAGUUUCCUUCCCAAACUCCUCUGGGGUGUCCCAAGCUAUGGGUCUUUCUACCGUGUUAGGGCUAAGUGUCUGUUUGUGGCUUACCUCGGUCUCCCGUUCUGCAGGAGGAUCGUCCUCGAUACGGGUCUGUGAGCGGGUGGUCACGGGACAAGCAGCAGCAGUCGUGGGUAGAUAAGCUGAAGCCAGAGGGCCAAUGUCGUUGCCCAACACGACUUCAGCAGGUAAAUUGUCCAUGAUUCUAACUGUGGUCUUUCCCGACCCGACUCCCCAAUCCAAGUGUACCCGGGCAGUAGGUAAGCGAAAAACAGCCCCCCCGCGACACGGACAGCAACAGUACGGGUAGAUACAUGCUCCGGUUUCACGAGAUGCUUCUGCACCAGAGUGAUGGUAGCUCCAGUGUCCCUUAGGCCUUGUGCCACCUGUCCAUUUACACACACCUCCUGGCGGUGAUGCUGGCGGUUAUCUGGGGAUGCAGCUUGUAUGGGGUUUGCCUCGUACAGGAUGCCCAAACACUCCUCAGGGCUCCCUUCGGCUUCCAGGCAGUGAGCAGCAGAGGUACGUGAUGAAGGGGUCUCUGGGUUAUUGGUAGGGCGCCUCCAGUUGUUAUUGGCUGAUCCCAAGGGGCAAUAACGAGCAAUAUGCCCCGUGUUGCCGCAGUGAUGGCACGUAAUUUUGUAAGAAUCCCGGGGUUGGUGGUUAGACCCCUGAGGCCGUGGAGGUCCUGGGGGUACUGGGGCCUGAAAUUCCGUGCUUGCAGCGGGCAUUGAGGUGCGUGGCUCUGCUCUAGAGGUUGGUCGUGUGGACCCUUGGCUCACCUUUCUUGACUCUGCGUAUUCGUCCGCUAGCCGUGCUGCCUCGAUUAAGUUAGCAGGGCGACGAUCUCUCACCCAAUCCUGUAUGUCUGCCGCCAAAUCUUAGAAGAAAUGUUCCAUUAGGAAUAGCUGUAGUACUUCCUCUCCUGUGUUGGCAUUGCACCCUCGCACCCAAUGUGAUGCCACCCUUUGCAUCUUGUUUGCCCAUUCCAUGUGGGAGUCUGCAGCCUUCUCUUUAGACUCCCUGAAGCGACGGCGAUACGUUUCCGGGGUGACGGCAUAUCUGGUGAGCAGUGCAGCCUUCACCCGGUGAUACUGCGCAAUACCUUCCUCAGUUAGCGCCCGAAAAGCCUCAUUUGCUUUUCCUGAUAGCUUUCCAGCCAAAAUAGUGACCCAUUGGUCUAGUGGUAUUUGGUGUAGUGAGCACUGCCUCUCGAAGUCAGCCAAAUAUGUCUCUUCCUCACUUUCCACAAACGCUUUGAAUGCAGUGAAGGGUAUUUUCUGCCCUGUAGCAGCGGGUGGGGUAGUAUGAACUGUAUGUGCAACGGGUUGUCUAGCUCUUGCCAGUUCAAGUUCGUGCCCCCUCCUAUUUUGUAUCUCCGUUCUUGCUUCCCGGAACAGCUGAUCUAUUAGCUCCACGGAUGUUGCUGGGUACAUGGAUAAUCUCCGCUGAACAAGAUUUGUAAUUUCCUCCUCCUCGCUGACAGGGUUAGGUUGGUCCGCGACCUCCAUGGAUCGAUCCAUCUCGUCCAGCUCCAGUGGGUCAGCUAUCAGCUCUCUCCGUGGUUGGUUGCUGGCACUCCUUCCUCUGGUUUCCAAUAGAUCCUUUAGUGUGGGUCUUUUCAGUUUAGCAUACUGGGAUUCCAUUCAGCACUUGUGUUGGGGAUGAAAAGGACCAUCCCGCCGCUGCCGCCAAUGUAACGGCUACCCAGCUGGUGAGGGGUACCUGCCGUUGGAGACGUCCUUUUCUAGGCAAGCUGCUGUGAAGUCAUGGAAUUCUUAUUCCCAUCCACGAUAUCCAAUUGUAUAAUCCAGAGGUGCUGUAAAAUGAGGCAGAGUAACGGUACCAUAAAUCCCCUCCAAGAACGAGACGAGGCUACGUUUUGAAGGGUCAAGUAGAACUGAUGUUUAUUGACAGGGGUCUCCUUUUAUACAAUGGUGCCCUCUGAAAGGCUACACCCACAUCGAACAUCAGACCACCCAGGGGAACAGUUAAGUGCUAUUUCACCUCCCAGUGAUUGUGGAACCGUUCGCAUGGUUCAGACGAAUCCCUUUGUGCUCAGGAUAGAUGGCCGCCAUUUCUGGACUUUACACGUGUUCGGGGCCAUCUUACGCACGAACGGCGGUGUUUGCCUGUGAACGCAUGGAACUAAAAACGGAUACGCAAACAGGCGAACACCGCUGAGACCUCCAGCAGCUCGUAAGUUCGUGCUGGAACUACCGAACGACCGGCCGUUCGGUAGUUUUGUUUAAUCAGUCAUGGGGAUUCAGGCGAACACCUGGAUUAUUGUGGAUGGCAAGGGGUUCGUGUGGGUUUUUAUGCACGAACGGAGACCGACCACAAGGCCAAAACUUAUGGAACUCUUUUCGGCUGGAAAACCUGUGCGGUCGGUCAAAACUUCAAAGACCCAUAACUCCCAAACCCCUCAACCGAAUGACUUGAAAAUUGGAUAUAUUGCUCCCCUGAGUGAGAGCUAUAAAGUGUUGCUGGACUUAAAGGUGUACCCCCUGUUUUUGGGGUACAUCCAGAAUGUGGUUAAAAUUGUGUCUGUUUUAAUUGUGUUUCAUGUUAUCUGAGGGGAGGAGACGUGGGGGUUGAACCAUGUAUGUAAUUGGCUGUUGUAGUAAUGGUAUUUUGGGUUGUAUGUUAUAGUAGCAAUAUUCACACGAACAUCAGCCAUUCGGUUCUGUUUAACCCCUCCAGCAGCAUUGUUGAUUAAGUUCAGGCAAAAAUAUAGGCAUAAUUAUAGUUCUGUUACAUCCAUUAACCACAUGGCAGUAACAAUACAAUAAAAGACAUAAAAUUACAUACAGUUACAUUUAUUCCAUAAAACAUAGACAGUCUGCCUAUCCCCAGAUAGCUUAGAUCUGAGGGCACAUUACUACCGAAUGGCGGUCAGAUCACAUACAUACAGUUCAAUCGCCAUGGAGCCAAAGUCUUUCAUACAGUCUUUCAGUAUACGGCUGGGCUCCAUGGCAUAGCUAUCUGGGGUAGCAUGGCUUUAACAGUCCGCAGAAAGGCAUGAAUAAACCUGUCUGCCGGUAAAAUAAAAGUUUAAAAUGCAGGACCAUAGUCUAGAGGGAGCAGGCGAGCAACCAGGCUUCUCCAGUGUACAGUGGCGAGGUUGGUUUCGCCACAAGUGGUAUAACAAUUCCCACAAUAAGAGACAGGACUCUAGAUUGAGGGUGAAGAAGAACUGACUGUACUGGCACAUACAGCCUCUUUUAUUCACAUUCUAUAAACAUAGUACUGCCCACAGGGUUUUGAAAUACAACCAAUCAAUCCGUACAAUACACACAGACACUCCCACACAAAAUCCUCCCCUCUGCCUGUGAUAUGAUUACUGAACACAAUGGUUAAUAUAAUUAUCACAGGCAGAGAAAUACAGUAUUAUAAAACAUAUCACAGGGACCCCAAAACAUGCAAUAACCCCAUAGUUCCUCGGAACAGGGGGAUCUUGGUGAACCACAUAUCCAAAAUUCACUCAGAUCCGUUCAGUGGUUUGGAAGUGUAAUGGCACCCCCAGGCAUAAAAGGGUUAAACCGCCAUUUAGUAGAUCUUCCCUUCCAGAGACACAGGCACAGCUACUGCAGAACACCAAACUUUCAAACUGCAUACAAGGGAAUGCUCCAAACUCCCGAACUGCAUACAAAGUAGCUCUCCAAACUCCCAAACUGGAACCUUACUGUAAGGAAACCAUGUACAUUUAAACCUUAAUCAGUAGUUUCCUCCCGAACAGCCAGAGCCCAAUGAAUAUAGCCCUCCGUUCGGUAGUUAUAGUAGACGAAUUCCCAAUUGUAAAUCCAAUAGUGUUCCUGGAUAAUUCCCACAGUAAAACACACGAACUCCCAAACAGCAUACGUAGUCAGAAUAAGGGUACAAAGAUGAACUGUUUAUUGGCACACCGAGAACCUUCUUUUAUGCAGGUCCCCAUGCAAGGGGACAUCCCACAGGGUGGGACACAGUACAACCAAUCACACAAUGGUUACAUCCCACACAUCCCCUCCCCUUAGCCUGAGAGGUAACCCAAUUUCCAUACAUUUUAAAACACACUUUUUACCCAACUUUCAUAACUCCAAAACCAUACAUCCAAUAUUAAUAACAGUCACAUAUUAUUAAUCAGCACAUCCCAAAUACAAACAUACCCAAAAAUCAUGCAAAUCCUUCCAUUAGUUUAAAAGUUAGUUAGAAGUCCUUUGUGACCCAAAGAAAGCAUGGCUUUUCCUCCCUAGCGGCAGUGUCCCUGGGACAACUCCCUGCUUGAGAACAAUAGACAGGAAACGGGGGAGGGGAAGAAUCACACCUUCCCAUGGAUUCCAAUGGGGAAGAAACUGUCUUUAGAAGCCAAUAAGCCCCAAAGUUUGGAUGUAUAAAGGGGUGACAGGGUGGUCUGCAUUCGGUAGUUUUACCUACCGAAUGCCAUAGGGAAACAUUGCAAUUGACACAAAUACAAAGAGGGCAUAUACAGUAAAAAAGGCAUUUCUUCACACUUACAAAUAGCUGCUAGCAGACGAACAGGAAAAGCAGCCAAGCGGCUUACAAUCCUGGCAAUCAGUCUCUAACAGCAUGCAGUAAAUUCCCCACAAAGACGAGACAGAGCUCCGUGUUGGUGGUCAAGCAGUGGUCAGGUUCAUUGAGGGCUACCUGCCAGGUAUUUAUGCAGGUCUUCCACCUGGUGGACACUCCCCUAGGGGACCAGAUGGAAGACUGGUAAAAUGACCAAUCACAGGCGUACAGGGUUAAAACACUCCGACAGUACAUUACAAUCCCCCCCUCUAUCCUGGAGAUAAUUGGGAAGUAAUCCAAUUAUCUCCAAGGACAGAGGCGAAACUCCAUUAACCACAUGGUUACAAUAAAACACUAAAAUACAUAAUGUUACAUUUGUCACAUAAAAUAUAUACAUGUAACCCAUCCACAGAUAGCUGGGAUCUGAGCGCACUAAAGUACCGAAUAGCGUUCAGAUCCUAUGCACACAGUCCAAUCGCCGUGGAGUUAAAGUGUUCACAAAGCCUGUUCUCCAUACGAACAGACUCCACGUGAUGGCUAUCUGGGGUAUUGCUGUUCAUACGGUUAAACUACCGAGUGAACAGGCAUCCGGUUAAAUGACCGAAUGCAGAAGCAAGGAGGCUAAUGGCUCAGCGGUGUUCGCGCAAAUAAGUGUCCGUUUCCAGUUCCAUAGUUUGGACGCUGAACACCGCUGGCCAUUCGGGACUUUAAAAUGGCCGCUGCCACGUGUUCGGCAAACGAACAAAGGCCACCCAGUGUGACAGAUCCAUCUGUAUGACCUGGGAUUGCUGGUUCAUCUGUUUUGCCGUUUUCGUGGAAUUACUCAUUCGUAUGCCUCUGUUCGUAUAAUGGAAGUUUUUUGCCGAACAAACUACCGAACGGACGGCCACCCAGAAGAGAAGUGUGCUGCUGGUUAACCUCUUGAUCUCAAUUAGAACCCCUUACAUACAGAUCCCUACGCUAUCGGUACGGAGAGGAUACGAAUGGAUUACACGAAUUAUUAUAAAGGACAAUUCGUGGUACGAACGAGAGACCCCCCCAGACUUUGGCGUGUGCCGCCACUUAACCUCAUCACCCCUCGAAAUACCGAAUGACCGACCACCCGACGAGCGGAGCGUGUCGCUCAUUAACCACCUAAGUUGCUGCGGUCUGCGGUUAACCACAAACUAAUUGGCGGGCCCGGAGGAUCCACAUUCAUAUACAAGUUACCGAAUGAAAACUGCAGAGAGACUCCCGAAUGGAGACCUCCUACGGUGGGUCGUGUGGCAGCAAUUAGAAUGUGGUUUCUGCGGCUAACCGCAGAUCAAGUACCGUGCUACCGGGCGGUCUCAGUUCGUAUGCCGAACGGUCUCAACAACCAGACUGAUAGCGGGGAUUUGCAUGAUUAUGUAUCCCAUUUCCGUUCCAUAAGUUUGAGUCGAGGUCCUGCUGCCCAUUGAACCGCCUAAAAACAUGGCCACCAUCAGGGACUAACGACCAAAGUGCCGAACCAGACUUUAUAUGGCAGAAAUUGCCCAUUCCGUUCGCGGGGUCUAGGCGCAAUUCGUAUACUUAAUGUGCCCGAACCCAAGCUAUCGAAUGAAUGGUAGAAUGAACCGUUUUCCCCUCAAAAUGUUGAAGUUAUGUAUUUUUAUACGGUCUUAUGGGACAUAAUAAAACGUGGUCUUUUGUGCGCUUGGAGAUAAUUAGAUUGUGUAACCGUUGGCCUCAUCUCCAAGUUGGGCGGGUACUAAUUCAAAUGAUACAUUGUACUGUAAUUGGUUACCUCUUUGUACUGUACCUGUGUUCCAUCAGGUCCAUAGGGGGCUGUCCUUGGGCCUGAGGAAUUGCAUAAAUUGCCAUGUUUGUGUGCCAGUAAAGUUAGUUCGUUUGACCCUCAACUCGCAGCCUCGACUCGUGUUGUAGGGAUCCGGAAAUAUUAAUGCUCUUACACCUCGUGGGAUAUUCUACACUUGCAUAUUCUAGCGAAGGGGACUACGUUCGACUCUCUGACCACGGGAGCCAGGACAUCCAAGCGAUCAACCCCCCUUCUGGACCGGGGGCAUUCGUAACAUAUACGUAUGGGAUCUGAGCGCUAUUCGCCAAUAAUAUGCACUCAGAUCUGGGGAUAUGUGAUACGAAUUGUAAAGUUAGAUAUUUUUAUGUGGUUUUUCUUUGUUGAAUUUAAAAUGGCAAUUUGCCUCUGUCCUGGAGAUAAUUGAAUUACUUCUCAAUUAUCUCCAGGGCAGAGGGGAGGAAAUCCUAAUGCAUGCUGGGAAUAUUCUAUGUCUGUGGGUCCUAACCUGCCAUAUGUCUGUCUAUUGUUACAGUCUCCCAUUUGGUCCCCUAGGGGAGUGUCCACCAGGUGGGAGACCUGCAUAAAUUUCGGGCAGGUAGCCCACAGUAAAGCCAGUUCAUGUUUUACCCUCAAUGCGGUGCUUGGUCUCGUUAUUGGGGGGAUUUAUUACCGACGACUAGAGACUGCCGGAUGGGAUUAUUAGCCGCUUGGGAAAUAUAUGCGUUCGGUUACUAUUGGCGAUUCGUGAGUUUGGAGCUCGUGAAGUGAAGUGCCCGCACAGGUCCCGUUCGUGAGAUUACAGCGUUCCCCUGCUUGCGGUUCGUAUGAUUGUACUUGAUACGCAUGAAGCCUGUGUUAUUGCAAGAGGGGAGGAUUCACUAAACGGCGGUUUGUGCAUUUGAUGCUGAGGGUACCGUAACACCCAGCAUUCGUCAAGUAAGCGGUUAACCGCAGCUUUUGGGAGGUCAAUUGCCGACACACUCCCAAUACAGGUGGUGCAGUCAUUCGGUUGUUUGUUCGGUAGAUUGAAUCUACCGAACACCGGGCAGAAAGGCACGAACAAGCCUUUUCUGCAGGGGAAAAGAAGGCUUUUUUUAACAUGGGGCCAUAGUCCAAGGGCAACAGGCUAGCAACCAGGCUUCUCCAAUGCUUUGUGGCGAGGGUGGUUUCGCCACAGGAAGAUACGGUUUAAUGCACAUUCCGCAGAACAUAUACAGGCUAUAUGAAAAAUAAUUACUGUUAAAUGUGUCCCCUGUUCUGUAGUUUAAAACUACUGAACGAUGUCUUUGUGCACCAAAUACCGGCUAGAUGGCACCGUGUAGAAAAGUCAAAACAGUGUCUGUGAGUUAAAAUGGCCGCCAUCCAUUGUUCUCACCAUGUGCUUCAUCCAUUGUUCUCACCAUGUGCCUCUGGUACAUGAAAUGGUGGCCACCCAGUAACUCCACAGUAUGUCCCCAGAUGGUUCUUAAAGGGGCAGGAGGCUGGCAAACAUUCCCCUCCAAAAACCAGUGACUGUCACUUUUGCCACACCUCCCUUUCCCUGUUAUCACUCCCCUCCUCCUUUUCUAGCUCCCUCUCCCUGUUAUCGCUCCCCCCCUCCUACCUCGCUCUCCCUGUUAUCGCUCCCCCCCACCUCGCUCUCCCUGUUAUCGCUCCCUUCCUCUCCUACCUCUCUCUCCCUGUUAUCACUCCACUCCUUUUCUACCUCCCUCUCCCUGUUAUCGCUCUCCUCCUUUUCUACCUCCCUCUCCCUGUUAUCACUCUUCUAGUAUAACAGAGCAUAGCAAUCCCUUGUAGUGAUAUAGCAAUUCCCCCAAUAAGAGACAGGACUGACGGUGAAGAAGAAGAACUCUGGUUUAAUGACACACACUCUGCUUUUAUGCAAUUCUCCCAUGCAAGGGAGACGCCCACAGACAAUUAUACAUUAGCCAAUUAAACAAUGGUUACAACCCACAGAUUCCCUCCCCUCUGCUUGGGAGAUAAUUGAGUUUCUUACGGUAUCUACUCAAUUAUCUGCAAGCUGAAAAAUCAUACAUUUUUAUAACUCCCUGAUUUUACAUCACAUAUGAAUAAAACUUAUAUCAGUGUGAUAUCAUGUGAUCAGCAUAACUUGGGGAGCAACAUAUGUAAAAAUCACAUGAAUCUGUCCAGGGGUUAAAAAGUUAGGUUGAGGUCCCUUUAUGACCGACCGCAAGCACAUUUUCAUGCCCAAAACAGUUCCAUGGAUUUAGGCUGUGCGGUCGGUCUAUUUUACACUGAGAAAAUUACUAAGUCCCAUUCGAACGAGCGUUCGAAUCUUCCAACUGGACUUCGUCUCCAGCCGCAGUGUUGAAGUGGAGUAGAAGGUACGGGUCAGCGGUGUUCGUGCAAUUGGGUAGCCGAAAACCGUUCCAUAGAUUUGGCUGCACACACCACUGACCGCAUUCGAAUGAGUUAAAAUGCCGCCACGUGUUUGGUUUUUGAAUGGCGGCCACUUCAACUGCAGCCAAAGUGCCAAUUUAAAAGUACAAAUCCUUUCUCUGGGAAUUAAAGGGCCAGAAACAGCAAUAUAAAAAUCAAUUAUGCCCAAAUCAGUUCCUAGAAGGGCAAUACAUCCCAAGGGCCAUAGUCGCAGGGCAGGAGGCUGCCAAAAACCAGUGGCGAGGUUACUUUCGCCACACUACCUUCUGACUAUGGCCCUGGGAUAUAGGGCUGUAGCAGAGCGGCAAUAUUAAAUUCCACGAUCUCCGCUGGUAUAGAAGGUAAUCCACAGUCAAGCGCUGAAAAGUAAGGCAAUAUCCCAAAUCCCCCAGUAACCGGAUGAAACACAGUUCUGGGAGUCAACUGAGGUUUUUAUUCACAGCUCCAGUAUUUAUGCAAGUCCCCAUGCAAGGGGUUUCCCUACUGACAUAGCAGGGAUAACACAGUAGGGGACUACAUGGGGGACUUAACAUUCUGGGCAUUUCUCCCAUCAGGCACUGCUGGACGAGAGGGAUACUAAUACUGGAAUAUACCGUUAAGUGGAUUAUCCCUCAGUUUUGGCAAGGUUUUCCCGAAGGUAUGGAGGUCUCAGCGGGAGUUAAAAUGGCCGCGAACACGUGGAAGUCCCGAAAUGGCGGCUGGGCUUACAGCUCUCAUAGCGUUCGUGCGGUCUUUCGACAAAACGUGCCCAUCAAGCAGGGAGGUAAAUUAGUCUUAAUUAACAGUCAGGGUGGCCUGUUAGAGGUAGGUAAGCAUUCGCAUGAAGAAUGCUUGCAAAGUACCGAACUGCUUUGUAAUCCAUAGGUCUUUUCCAGGCAAACUGUGCUUUUUGUUACAGGGUUAUUGCAUGUUUUGGGGUCCCUGGGAUAUGUUUUAUAAUACUGUAUUUUCCUGCCUGUGAUAAUUAAGUUAGUCUGUUGUGUUGAGAUAAUUGUAUCACAGGAAGAGGGGAGGAUUUCUGAUGUAAUGAAUGGGAGGGUUAGCUGUGUUGUAAUGUGUUGAUUGGUUGUUCUUCAAAACCCUGUGGGCAGUACUAUGUUUGUAGAAUGUGAAUAAAAGAGGCUGUAUGUGCCAGUACAGUCAGAUCUUCUUGACCCUCAACACGUAGUUUUGUCUCGUAAUUGGAGGGGACAGCUAUACUCACACUGGGGAUUGCUAUGCUCUGCAUACUCCCUUAAAAUUUAAUCAUUUAGCUCUUUUAAGAGCUUGUUCCUGAUACGCUCUCCUGGAGGAGAGGUCUUCCCCACACGUUCCUGGAGGACAGAAGCUGAUCCAGGGUGGAAGAAAGACGGCGAGACUCCAGUUAAGCUACGGCGGUUGUGGAGUGUGUGGUGGUUGUGGUGUCCGGUGCGGUGCUUGUGGUCCUUGGCGCAAGCUAGGAAGCGUCCAUCAACGGAAGGUUCUCAGUCGAAAUACGGGGAGUUUUUUUACCUUCCCCUCCCCUUCUACCUCCCUCUCCCUGUUAUUACUCUUCUCCUCCUCUUCUACCUCCCAAUCCCUUUUAUUGCUCCUCUCCUCCACUUCUACUUCCCUCUCCUGUUAAUGCUCCCCUCCUCCUUUUCUACCUUCCUCUCCCUGUUAUAAGUCCCCUCCUCCCUCCCCUUGCUAUUGCUCCCCUCCCCUCCCCUUCUACCUCCCUCUCCCUGUUAUUGCUCUUCUCCUCCUCUUCUACCUCCCAAUCCCUUUUAUUGCUCCUCUCCUCCACUUCUACUUCCCUCUCCUGUUAAUGCUCCCCUCCUCCUUUUCUACCUUCCUCUCCCUGUUAUAAGUCCCCUCCUCCCUCCCCUUGCUAUUGCUCCCCUCCCCUCCCCUUCUACCUCCCUCUCCCUGUUAUUGCUCUUCUCCUCCUCUUCUACCUCCCAAUCCCUUUUAUUGCUCCUCUCCUCCACUUCUACUUCCCUCUCCUGUUAAUGCUCCCCUCCUCCUUUUCUACCUUCCUCUCCCUGUUAUAAGUCCCCUCCUCCCUCCCCUUGCUAUUGCUCCCCUCCCCUCCCCUUCUACCUCCCUCUCCCUGUUAUUGCUCUUCUCCUCCUCUUCUACCUCCCAAUCCCUUUUAUUGCUCCUCUCCUCCACUUCUACCUCCCUCUCCUGUUAAUGCUCCUCUCCUACCUCCCUCUCCCUGUUAUUGCUCCCCUCUCCCUCCCUCUCCCUGUUAUUGCUCUUCUCCUCCUCUUCUACCUCCCAAUCCCUUUUAUCACUCCACUCCUCCUCUUCUACUUCCCUCUCCCUGUUAUUGCUCCCCUCCUUUUCUAUCUCCCUCUCCCUGUUAUUGCUCAUCUUCUACCUCCCUCUCCCUGAUAUUGCUCCUCUCCUCCUCUUCUACCUCCCUCUCCUGUUAAUGCUCCUCUUGUACCUCCCUCUCCCUGUUAUUGCUCCUCUCCUCCUCUUCUACCUCCCUCUCCCUGUUAUUGCUCCUCUCCUCCUCUUCUACCUCCCUCUCCCUGUUAUCGCUUCCCUCCUCCUCUUCUACCUCCCUCUCCCUGUUAUCGCUCCCCUCCUCUUCUACCUCCCUCUCCCUGUUAUUGCUCCUCCCCUCUUCUACCUCACCCUAUCUCCCCCUCCAUCUUAUUGCUCCCUCCCCAUUCUAGAACCCUUCUUCAUUCUCUGUCCGCUCCCCUGUUCCUAGGACAGGGGUUCUCAACCCAGUCCUCAAGGACCCCCUACCAGUCCACGAUUUAUGGAUUACCUGGGUGUGUCUAAGGUGUUUAGAAGAAAAAAACACCUUAAACACUUUAGACGCACCCAGGUAAUCCAUAAAUCCUGGACUGAUUGGGGGUCCUUGAGGGCUGGGUUGAGAACCCCUGUCCUAGGAGAAGCUCUCCCUUCUUGCGCUUUGUUAAAUCCUUGUUUUGUAGGCAUGUAAUAGGUGAAGGUAACACAAUACUCUGUUGCAGAGAGCUACCGCCUCCCUGGAUAGCUCACCUCCAGGAGCCAAACUGUCAGAUGGGCAUGUUUUCAGACACGGACAUCGGGGGAUUAUCAGCACGUUACUGGAGGCUCACAUUGCAGACUCUACAACCAACAAAGACUCCUACAGGGCACCAAGCACACAUCACAUGAGGCUCAUGGGUAAUUGCUGAAUUUAAUGGUUCUCAAUUGUAACUGGUGUCAGUCCUGUAGUUUAGUGUUAUUGUUGUGGUAAUGAUGCUUUAAAGCUUUGAACCGUCGUUGCAGCCACACUGGUAACUCAGAAAUUCAACAUGAACAAUGUCUGGGGUGAAUCUGUUACUCUAUAAUCAUGAAUACCUCGAGGCAGUGGCGGAUCUAGAGACUGAUCUCGGGAGGGGCACUUUUAUAUUAUUAGAAAAAAAAUGUAGCGCUUUUAGUAGUAGAUAAUACGAGUAUCACCUUUUUAUAUGCAAGGGGGGAAAAUUCUCACUUAGGUCCCAAAUGAGUUGAAAUCUAUAAAAGAUCAAAACAUGGUGCAACUGGUAGAUAGCAAAAGUGUAUAUAUGUAUAUAUGAACUAUAAACACUCACAAACAGAGAGCUGCGGACUCAGCUCUAGUUUGGAUCUCUUCUGGGUCCAUGUAGGCGACCCACCCCUAUGGUAAAUUAAUAUCUUGUCCUCGAGGGGAAUAGAUACAUAAAAGAUCGCGCAGUAUAGUUGGUAAAUUGUAGAUAUAAAGUAAAGUUCUCAAAUGGGUACUUACAAGCAAGGAGUCAGAAUUGACUCAGUAUCUAGGCAUUGUGCAGACUAGGGGCUACACUCCCAUAUGUAGAAUGACAACUGUAGAACCAGGAUAAAGAUAAUAAAAUAUAGCAAAUUUAUUAACACGAUCUAUAAAAUAAAAAUGUCACAAUGUCCAAAUAAAACCGGAACGCGUUUCACCACUAGCAUGUGGCCCUGUUACAAACUGCUUUAAGACGGUGUCCCCAGUGUCGGUUAAAACCCUUUGUUCCUAGCUAUUUCCCACUUGGUUCAGUAAAUGGGUCUUACUGAACCAAGUACCACACAGGCGGACCACCUGUAUUGGGAGUGUGUUCGAAUUUUUCAUUCGCACGAGGUCAGCGGUAUGUGUAGCCAAAUUCAUGGAGCUAAAAUCGGCUACACAUUUCCACGAACACCGCUGAGCUCUACCUUCUCCCACAAUGAUUUUGCAGCUGCAGAGACUAAGUCCCAUUCGGCGAUGGGACUUAGUCGUUUUUUUCAGCCUGAAAUAGACCAGCCGCAUAAAUUAAAUAUGUAAUUGUUAUGAAGAUUGGAUGUAUGGUUUUAAAGUUACAGGAUAUGUGUAAAAACUGUAUUUUUACUGCCUGUGAUAAUUAUGUUAAACCAUUGUGUGCCAUAAUUAUAUCACAGGCAGAGGGGAGGAUUUUUGUAUAUAAUUGCUGGGAGUGUUUCUGUAAUGUACGUUUAUGAUUGGUUGUUGUGCAAAAACCCAGUGGGUGGUCCUAUCUAAGGGAAACCUGCAUAAAAGAAGGUUCUUUUGGUGUCAAUAAACAGAAUGACUUGACCCUCUAACUUGCAGCCUUGACUCAUGUUUGUAGGGGACAGCUAUAAUCACUACAGGGAUUGCUAUGCUCUUCAUACUCCCUUAGCUACUGAGCUCUUGUAAGAGCUCUUGUUCCUGAUCCUGCUUCGCUCUACAGAAGGAAGAGGUUCACCUACUGGAGCCUAGUCGUAGGUCCAGGGUGGAUAGCAGCCGGCGAGAUCCUAGCCCAGCAGCGGCGGUUUGUGGCGUCUGCAGUAGUUAUGGUGUCUAUGCAGUAGUUAUGGUGUCUACGGUGCUGAUGGUCCUUUGGUGAGUGCUAGGAGUAUCCUUUCUACAGUCCAACUUCCAGCCAGCCUGGAGGCAACCGUAACAGGCCCCUAGUCUGCACAACGCCUAGAUACUGAGUCAAUUCUGACUCCUUGCUUGUAGGGAGUGUGGGGAAAUGUGUGUAUGGGGGGCUGUGUAUGUGUGUGUGUGUGUGUGUGUGUGUGUGUGUGUGUAUGGGAGGCAGUGUGUGUGUGUGUGGUGAGGAGGGUAGGGGGGCUUUUUGAUUAUAAAUAAAGAAUUUAUAAAAUUUAUGGAUCCCUGUUGGUCCGGUGGGGAAUCCCUGGUGGUUCCAGUGGUAGGAGUGAACUCUAGCCCGUAGCUCCAGGGCUAGAGUUCACUCUCGCGAGAUUUGGAGCGUUGCCGUGGUAACCGCGGCAAUGCUCCAUGCUCGCGAGAGAAGGACCCAGAGGAGCUACAGGCUGAGCUCCCAGGUACUCUCUCCCUCCCUCCCCUGCUGGCUGCCAGCAUGGUGCCUGCGGACCUCUGAUCUCCCUCCCCGGUCUGCAGGCACUUUGCAGGGCUGGCACUUGGACAAUGCCAGCCCUGCAUUAGCCGGCAGGGGAGAAUCUCGGGGGCAAUUGCCCUGUUGCCCCCCCCCCACCCAGAUCCGCCAGUGCCUCGAGGUCUGGUUUAUAAAUAAAAACCUAAACGUGUGGAACUACGGAAGCCCUCACUAUCCCCUUUUUAAUUUUAUUUACUUGGUUUUUGUGUGGUGGUUUUAAUUAGUCUUUUUACUUUUAUUUAUCUAAUCCUGUCUAUAUCCCCAGGUCCAAGAGAAGAAAUGCUCCAAAAAUACCUUUUUCAGAAGUUCAGGUAAAAUGAAAUGCUUUAUUCUUAAAUUUUCAAUCUCACUACUGACUCAUAGGACACCAGGCGAUCCAUCCGAGGAUCCACUCACACACUGCACCAUCACUACUUAGAAUCCACUUGUGACAGAUCAUCAUGUCCCUGGAUUGUCAUACCUUUAAUUUCUGCUUAUUUGCUACACUGGGUGGUUCGGUAUAUGGGAUCCACCGAACAUCUGAGACCCAUCUGGUUCGUAUACCGAACAAACUGCCGAACAGCCAGACCACCCAGAGGAGGCAUGUGCUGCUCAUGCAGUUUGAGCGGUCGACUAGAUGGCCGUUGUUCAUAUGGACGAACACGUGGCGGCGGCCAUUUUUAGCCACAAACUCAUACAGCGGUGUUUUGUCGUUGAGUGCAUGGAACUCAAACUGGACACUCAAUGGCGCGAACACUGCUGGGACUUCCAUCUCUACAUAGGUUCGGUUGGAUACGUAUGAGAAUAGCGGCAUUCAGUGUGAACAAGCUCCCGAACGAGGGACACAGAUUGAGAGCACGUAUGAACAGUUUUAUUCGUAUAUUUUGUGGGUUUCGUACCCCUGAAGGAGACCGGCCACACAGCCUAAUUCUAUGGAACUAUUCUAGGCAAGCGUCUCGUGUGUGGUCGGUCUAAACUUUACCCCGGUGGCGUUCGUGAGAUCUGAGUCUCAUCUCAUGUUUGUAGUGAACUGCCAUAUCGGCUAUAACACAACUUGGAUUAUUGUGCUUGGGAUUAUUGUAGCAUCUCUCUGAAUAGGGGGAAAGAACAUCUCUGGCGGCGAAACCACUCUUCCUCUCGGGGUGGCCGCCACACCACUCGCCCACUGCACGAUCACUAUAGGACACCAGGCAAUCCUUCUUAGGAUCCACUCACCCAUUGCACCAUUACUACUGACCCAUAGGACCCCAAGCGAUCCUCCUUAGGAUCCACUCACCCACUGCACCAUCACUACUGACUCAUGGGACACCAAGCGAUCCUUCUUAGGAUCCACUCACUGCACCAUCAUUACUGACUCAUGGGACACCAGGCGAUCCAUCUGAGGAUCCACUCACCCACUGCACCAUCAAUGUGGCGGUGUCAUGGAUAAAUUAUCCUUUAAUUAUGUUUAGGGAAAACCAAAUCAAUUCAAGCGCUUGGUGAAGCAAUAAGGCACAUGACGCGUGGUGAUAAUUGUGAAUUCAGAAGAAUUGCUUCUUGUUUUAAUUGGGGGAGAUCAGCUUUAGACAGUACAGGAUACGUUUUUGCGUUCUCGCAAAGGAAUGUAAGAGACAUAUUUCUAAAUGUCAAAAGAUAAGCAGUUUACAGAAGCUUAAUGAAGCAGUUUUGGUGCAUAGAUUAUGCCCCCGCAGUCUCACUGCUCAAGUCUGACAUUUAGGAGUUAAAUCACUUGUUUAUGAAUCUUAGUCACACCUCCCUGCAUGUGACUUGCACAGCCUUCCUAAACACUUCCUGUAAAGAGUCAUCUAAAGUUUAUCCUUCCUUUAUUGCAAGUUCUGUUUAAUUUAGAUUUUCUUAUCCCCUGUGUAACAACCUCCUACCAUGUUGCCUGGGAACCUCUACCUUUUGUUUUCCUGCCAUCAUCUACAUUGCCCUGUACCUAAGAGAAAGCAGUUGUUGUUGGGGGAUUCCAUUAUAAGAGGUGUGGAGAUGGACAAUGGUGGUCUUGUGAGGUGUCUUCCAGGAGCUACUGCUCACAGAGACAGGAGACGUAUCUGUAAUAUUGUUAAGCAAGCAAAGAAGGAAGGGGAAUUGGAUGUACUUGUCCAUCUAGGGACAAAUGACUUGGCUUGCAAUGAGGUUUCAGAGGUUAAGGAAGUUUUUAGUGUUUUUGCCAAUGAUAUACGGCAGGUUGCUUCCACACUGUCAUUCUCUGAAGUUCUGCCUGUGCAUAACACUCAGAACGACAGGCGGAUGCGUAUUAGGGACUUUAAUUUGUGGCUUGGUGAAUGGUGUCGGGAGCAAGGAUUUGGCUUUAUUUCUCAUGGUAGCUCUGUUUGGAAUGGAGAUAAGCUGUACAAAAAAGAUGGUUUGCAUCUUUCUCAAAAGGGAACAAAUGUUCUCAGUGAGCAGUUCAGAGGUUUUGCUAGGAUGUAUUUAAACUAGGAGGGGGAGGCAAAAGGGUGAUAAAACAUCCAUCCAAUUGUCCCCCAAAACAAGGACAGAAGGUGCCUGUAGCAAGUGUGUUAAAAAAUGAUAAGCCUAGAAUCAUGUCUACAAAUGCUCGCAGUUUAGGGAAUAAGAUCCAUGAAAUUGUGGCAAUAAUGGCAAAUGAUAGUGUGUAUUUAGUCGCUGUUACGGAGACAUGGUAUAAUGAGAAAAAUGACUGGGACAUAGCAAUACCAGGGUACUCUUUAUAUAGGAAAGAUAUGGAAGGCAAAAAAGGGGAAGGGUGGCUGGAGCAAUUUAAAUGGAGUCCAAGAGAAAUGGGAUUAUUUAAAAGUUGCACUAUUGAAGGCAACAGAAAAUUGCAUUAGGCUUGUCAGUAAAAGCAAAAAAUUCAAGAAACCACUGUGGUACUCCACAGAUGUGGCCAAAAUAGUUAAAAACAAAAAGUUAGCAUUUAGGAACUAUAAAAAAAAAACCAGAGUGGGGAAGACAAAAUGAUCUAUAAGAUUAGGCAGAACGAGGCUAAGCAGGUUAUAAGAGCUUCCAAAUCACACACAGAAGAGAAAAUAGCACAGUCAGUAAAAAAGGGGGAUAAAACAUUUUUUUUAGAUACAUAAAUGAGAAAAGAAAAGUAAAUCAAGGAUUAGUUAGAUUAAAAACAAAAGAAGGAAGGUAUGUAGAAGAGGAUAAAGGUCUAGCUGACUGCCUCAAUGAUUAUUUUUGUUCUGUAUUUACAGAUGAAAAUGAAGGAAAGGGACUUCAGUUGAGAAAAAGGAUACAUGAGUAAUUUAUUACACGUGAGUUUACAGAGGAAGAGGUUCUAUUUCAACUGUCAAAAGUAAAGACAAAUAAGUCAAUGGGACCGGAUGGAAUACACCCAAAGCUAUUAAAAGAGCUUAAUGGUGUACUAGCAAAACCAUUAACAGAUUUAUUUAACCAAUCAUUGUUAACAGGAGUAGUCCCAGAAGAUUGGAAGUUAGCGAAUGUUGUGCCCAUUUACAAGAAAGGUAAUAGGGAGGAGUCGGGCAACUAUAGGCCAGUAAGCCUUACUUCAGUAGUGGGGAAAGUGAUGGAAACCAUGUUAAAGGAUAGGAUUGAUGAACAUCUAAAAACACAUGGAUUUCAAGAUCAGAGACAACAUGGGUUUACUUCAGGGAGAUCAUGUCAAACUAAUCUUAUUGAUUUUUUUGAUUGGGUAACUAAAAUUAUAGAUCAGGGUGGUGCAGUAGACAUUGCUUACCUAGAUUUCAGUAAGGCUUUUGACACUGUUGCACAUAGAAGGCUUAUCAAUAAACUGCAAUCUUUAAGUUUGGAUUCCAAUAUUGUUGAAUGGGUAAGGCAGUGGCUGAGUGACAGGCAACAGAGGGUUGUAGUUAAUGGAAUAUAUUCGAAGCUUGGACUUGUCACCAGUGGGGUACCUCAGGGAUCUGUACUUGGACCCAUUCUCUUUAAUAUUUUUAUUAGUGAUAUUGCAGAAGGUCUUGAUGGUAAGGUAUGUCUUUUUGCUGAUGAUACUAAGAUAUGUAACAGGGUUGAUGUUCCAGGAGGGAUAAGCCAAAUGACAAAUGAUUUAGGUAAACUAGAAAAAUGGUCAGAAUUGUGGCAACUGACAUUUAAUGUGGAUAAGUGCAAGAUAAUGCAUCUUGGACGUAAAAACCCAAGGGCAGAGUACAGAAUAUUUGAUAGAGUCCUAACCUCAACAUAUGAGGAAAGGGAUUUAGGGGUGAUUAUUUCUGAUGACUUAAAGGUAGGCAGACAAUGUAAUAGAGCAGCAGGAAAUGCUAGCAGAAUGCUUGGUUGUAUAGGGAGAGGUAUUUGCAGUAGAAAGAGGGAAGUGCUCAUGCCAUUGUACAGAACACUGGUGAGACCUCACUUGGAGUAUUGUACGCAGUACUGGAGACCGUAUCUUCAGAUGGAUAUUGAUACCUUAGAGAGGGUUCAGAGAAGGGCUACUAAACUGGUUCAUGGAUUGCGGGAUAAAACUUACCAGGAAAGGUUAAAGGAUCUUAACAUGUAUAGCUUGGAGGAAAGACGAGACAGGGGGAUAUGAUAGAAACAUUUAAAUAUAUAAAGGGAAUCAACACAGUAAAGGAGGAGACUAUAUUUAAAAGAAGAAAAACUACCACAACAAGAGGACAUAGUCUUAAAUUAGAGGGACAAAGGUUUAAAAAUAAUAUCAGGAAGUAUUACUUUACUGAGAGGGUAGUGGAUGCAUGGAAUAGCCUUCCAGCUGAAGUGGUAGAGGUUAACACAGUAAAGGAGUUUAAGCAUGCGUGGGAUAGGCAUAAGGCUAUCCUAACUAUAAGAUAAGGCUAGGGACUAAUGAAAGUAUUUAGAAAAUUGGGCAGACUAGAUGGGCCGAAUGGUUCUUAUCUGCCGUCACAUUCUAUGUUUCUAUGUUAAGAACAAAGACUGUUUCUGGCCCUUUAACUGUUCUGUGCAAAGGAUUGGUAUGUUUGAUAUGGCACUUCGGAUACAGUGGAAGUGGCUGCCAUUAGGCAAUCGAACACGUGGCGGCAGCAAUUUUAAUUCAGUCGAACGUGGUUAGUGGUGUGUGCCGUCAAAUCCCUGGAACGGAACCUGUAUCUUCCUCUACCCUUCGACGCUGUGGCUGGAGACCAAGUCCCGUUCGAAGAUUCGAACGCAGGUUCAAAUAGGACUUUGUCAUCUUUUUUGUGUAAAAUAGACCUCCACUUAACUAACGUCCACCGCUGAAACGUAACCCCGUUUUCACUUCGGCAGAAGUCGAAGUGCGUUAGACUACUAGAACGCCGCCUUUGGAUGGGACUUUGUUAUUUUUCAGGGCAGAAAUAGACCGACCGCACAGCUUGAAUCUGUGGAACUGUUUUGGGCAUGCAAACAGGCGUGCGGUCGGUCCAAAGACUUUUUAAUAUUUCUGGAACCCCUGAAUGGAUUUGUACAAAUUUUUAAUAUGUUUGUCCCCAAGUUGUGUUGUUCAUAAAAAUAUAAGUUUUAUUCCUGUAUGAUGAAAAAUCUGAAAGUUAUAAAAAAAAAAAAAAGUAUAAGUUUUAGCUUGGAGAUAAUUGAGGAGAUACAGUAAGAAACUCAAUUAUCUCCCAAGCAGAGGGGAGGGAAUUGUCUGAUUGGUUAAUGUAUAGUUGUCUCUGGGUGUCUCCCUUGCAUGGAAGCACCACAUAAAAGGAGAGUACCUGUCAUUAAAAAUCUCAGUUCUACUUUAUCCUUCAAAACGUAGCUUUGUCUCGUUAUUGAAAGGGAACCUGCUCAGCUAAUCACUAGCUCUUUUAAGAGCUCUACCUUUCCCUCUCUACUUGGAUCCAGCUGAUAGAGAGAAGGCUUACUACACAGCCUCUUGCCGGGAAGAAGGACGUCUCCAACUGCUGACACCCCCUCUCCACUGGGGUAGCCGUUACACCCUGCUAUGGUAAUAGCUUGCUAGACCCUGCAAGAGCUUCCUGUAUGUGAAAGACAUACAAUUGUUUAAGGUAAAUUACAUCUGAUUGAAAGUGAACCCAGUUUUUUUUUUCAUGCAGGCUCUAUCAAUCAUAGCGAGGGCUGCAUAAACAGAAACAAAGUGAUUUAACUCCUAAAUGGCAGAGAAUUGAGCAGUGGAACAUGAGAAGCAUGAUCUAUACUCUAAAACUGCUUCAUUAAGCUAAAGUUGUUUAGGUGACUAUAGUGUUCAAUGAGUCCAACUUAGCCAAUUUUAAGGAUGCAUUAAGCAUCAGGGACGCCAGCACUAUGCUCCCGCCCCUUUUUAAGGACUCCAUGAGGUCAGAAGAGCUCUAAACAGAUCUCAAUGUACACGUACCUCUUGGGGGUGUGGUUAUGAUAAUCACGCCCCCAAUCAUAUAAAAGCCCAGUCUGUCUCUAAAAUAGUGCCCUUUUGUUCCUAGUGUGCCCUGUGUCUCUAGUGUCCCCUCAGUGCGUUCCUGUAUCCUUUUGAUAGUUCUUUGGUUUUGAUCUGGCUUGCUCUUGACUAUUCUGAUUUCUGGUUUCCCUUGACCUUGGCUUGUUUCUGGUGUUUCUUGUAGUUUCUAUUUUAGCCGGCCAUUCUAAGGACCGGCUCAGGGACUUUCUUUCUGUCUCUAUUAUACCGGUGGUUUUCUUUCUGCGUAUUGGGUAAAAAUUUUACUGUUAGGGAUAGCUAUAAGACAAGAUUGUAUGACAUUUUCAGUACUGAGGAAAGGGUUGAGGCAAAAGGAGGUUAGCCUUUGCUAUCUGCAUCCAUAUAUUUCCCUGCCAUGCAUUAUUAACUUCUGGUCUCAAGUCAGAGUAGCAUAUCUGAACAGAGCAUACAAUGGUAAAGGAUAAGAACACUGUGACAGACCUCUCUGUCUGUGAAUUACCUUUAUUUUAUGCCGGUUCGUCUGUUUAUUCGGCUAUUUCCCUGUCUGUACAGUCCCUACGCUUUAUUCCCUUUUUACCGAAAGAACUGCCGAACGGCCGGCCACCCAGCAUGGAAGUGUGCUGCUUGUUAACCUCUUGGCCUCAUUAGAACAUUGUGGUUAACCGCAGACACUUCCUAAUUGUCGAAUGUCGGCUGGGUGGUCAUCAUUUGUAUGAAUGAACACACGGUGGUGGCCAUCUUGGACAUAUGAAUGCCCAGCGGUGUUCGUUGACUAUUUCAUGGAACUGAAAACGAACACCACUGAAGCCGCUGACCUCCCUUCAUCUGUUAUUCCGUUCAUACGAACGCUGUACCGUUCGGUACUUUGCCAUACGAACAGAGUCACCCAGAUAGCUAUCCCUUGGAGCCCAUUCGAAUAAAGAAAGACUAUGUGAAAAACUUUGGCUCCAUGGCGAUUGGACUGUGUGUAUGGGAUCUGAGUAAUAUUGUACGCUCAGAUCUAAGCUAUGUGGGGAUUUUGUUCGGGAGUUUUAUAACUGUGUAUUUUUAUUAUCCAGUAUAAAAUGGAUGUUAUGCUCUAUCCUUGGAGAUAAUAGAGUUACUUCCCAAUUAUCUCCAGGAUCGAGAGGAUGGUCCCAUACUGUUCAAAGGGGAGUGUUUAUCCCUACACUGUUAUGAUUGGUCAAUGUAACUUUUUGUCACAGUUUUCCACCAGAUUCCCGUAUGGGAGUGUCCACCUGGUGGGAGACCUGCAUAAAAGGCGGGCAGAUAGCCCAGAUUAAACAGAUCUCUGCUUAACCCUCAAUACAGAGCCUCUUCUCGUACUUGGGGAGAUUAUUUGUGUACUUUUUUGUUCGGCUGUUUGGAGCGUGGAUGAUUCGUAUCCUUCUUAUUCGUCUGAUUUGGAGUGUUCGGUAGCUGCCUUUACAUUCUGUUUAAUCUGGGCUACCUGCCAGCCUUUUAUGCAUGUCUCCCACCAGGUGGACACUCCUCUGGGGACCUGGUGGAAAACUGGGACGAAAUAGUACAGUUACCAAUCAGAGCAGUACAUAAUAAACGCUCCUGGAGAUAAUCAGUAACUCAAUUAUCUCCAAGGAUAGAGGAUAAACUCCAUUUUAGAAACCUAGAGAAAAAUGCAUAAAAAUCUACAAUUUACAAACUUCUGAACAUAACACCCAUAUGCAACAUAUCCCCAGAUAGCUUGGAUCUGAGCGCACAAUAUUACCGAAUAGCACUCAGAUCCCAUACACACAGUUCAAUCGCCAUGGAGCCAAAGUCUUUCACAUAGUCUUACGUUCGUGAGAAAAUAGUGUCCGUUUUUAGUUCCAUGAAAUCGUCGACGAACACCGCUGGGGCAUUCUUAUGUCCAAGAUAGCCACCGCCGCGUGUUCGUUCAUACAAACAACGACCACCCAGCCGACAUUUGACAAUUAGGAAGUGUCUGCGGUUAACCACAACGUUCUAAUGAGGCCAAGAGGUUAACACGCAGCACACUUCCAUGCUGGGUGGCCGGCCGUUCGGUAGUUCUUUCGGUGAAAUGGAUAAUAAGUGUAGGGACUGUACGGACAGGGAAAUAGCCGAACAAACAGACGAACCAAGGAGAAAUAAAAGUAAUUUAAAGACAGAUGGGUCUGUCACAGGGGAGUAGAUGAGGGAGCUCUGUGAGUGGGUGGGGGAUAGGUUGUAUAGAAUCCCUAAGCAUUCCCCGAGAAGUAAAGCCCCUUCGCAGAAAAGACAGCUGGUAGUGCCAAAGAAAUACCAGCUGGAGAUUCUGCGAAUCGGGCAUGAUGUACCUUUAGGAGGACAUCUAGGGUCCCGCCGCACAGCCCAUAGGAUUACCAGAAUUUCUUCUGGCCCAGUUUUAAUCGGGACAUGCGACAAUAUUGUAAAACUUGUGACACAUGUAAACGGGUAGGGAAACGGGGGGACCACCCUAAGGCCAGGCUUAUGUCCAUGCCUAUUAUAGGGGAGCCAUUUUACCGCAUAGCCGUUGACAUUGUGGAUCCCUUGGCCAGGGCUAGUCCAUCCGGGAAGAAGUAUAUUCUCACCGUGGUGGACUACGCCACCCGUUACCAAGAGGCAGUAGCUAUGUCCAAUAUUGAAGCGGAGACAGUAGCUGAUGCCCUGGUUAAGAUAUUCACCAGAGUGGACUUCCCUAAGGAGAUCCUCUCCGAUCAGGGAACCCAGUUCACCGCUGUGCUCACCCAACAGUUGUGGAAGGUGUGCAAUAUUAAGCGAUUGCUGAGCUCACCUUACCACCCACAGACGAACGGUCUCUGCGAGCGCUUUAACAGGACCCUCAAGCAAAUGCUGAGGACCUCUACUGACGCCUGCAGAGACUGUGAGAGAUUCCUGCCUCACCUGUUGUUUGUGUACAGAGAGGUACCCAAGGAAUCUACUGGGAUCUCUCCAUUCAAGUUACUCUAUGGGAGAAGGGUCCCCUCGAUCUUAUAAGGGGACACUGGGAGGGAGAGACAGAGCAGGAGGGGACACCCAUAGUGCCAUAUGUCCUGGAACUCAAUUCAAUUUACCGAACGCCCUGGCAGAAAGGCAUAAACAAGCAGACAAAAACGUCACUCCCCAAUAAGUUAAGCGGGACCGUGGGCGUGAUAAGCAGUCAGGUAACCAGGGAAGUGGAGUCAUGGAGCCUGAGCUUCAUUUGAUGAUUGAGGGGGAUAUCAGCAGGGAUCUGUAGCGGUUACCCCGUGUAGCAGAGGGGUUUCAACCACUGGAGGGUGUCCUUUUCCCGAUCAGUGAGGAGGAUUCUCAGCAUCCAGUCGUGAUCCAAGUAAAGAAGCUCUUACAAGAGCUAGUGUGAAUAGCUGUAUAGCGGUUACCCCCAAUAAGAGACAGGACUCUAGAUUGAGGGUGAAGUAGCAAGGUAAUUAUGCAGUAAAUCCCCUUCCAAGAACGAAACGAGGCUACGUUUUGAAGGGUCAAGAAGAACUGAAUUUUAAUGACAAGGAUUCUCCUUUUAUGCGAUUCUGCCCAUAAUUAGUACAGUAACCAAUAACAAACAUGGUUCAUCCCACACAUCUCCUCCCCUCAGAUAAACAGUUAACAUAAGAUUUUUAAUGGCAGGUAUUCUCCUUUUAUGCAGUGCUCCCAUGCAAGGGAGAGACCCACAAACAAUUAUACAGUAACCAAUCAAUGAUAAGGUAAAUCCAACAUAUCCCCUCCUCUUAAAUAAACAGUUAACCCAAUUAAAAAAGUACAGUUUUCUCAAGUUUUUGGAUGUACCCCAAAUAUAUGGGGUUCACCCUUAACACUGGUAUCCCCUGAUAGCCGAUCUGGGUGAACAACAUAUUCAAAAAUCACCCAGAUCGGACCAGGGGUUCGGGAGUUACAGGGACUUAAAGUUUUGACCUACCGCACAGGUAACAGUAGCCGAAAACAGUUCCAUAAGUUUUGGCCUUGCGGUCGGUCUCUGUUCGUGGAAUACAAAGUCCUGAAUGGCUUGCCAUCCGUGGAUAUCCUGGUGUUCGUUAGAAUUCCCAUGUUUAGCUUAGUUUUUCUAUCGAACGGUGGCUCGUUCGGUAGUUUCCUUCCAUCGGUUCUGGCACUCUGGAGGUUUUAGCGGUGUUUGCUUGGUCGAGUGUCCGAUUUGAGUUCCAGACACUCGACGACCAAACACCGCUGUUCGGGAGAGUAAGAUGGCCGCCGCCACGUGUUCGUCUCCCGAAAUGGCGGCCAUCCCGAGAACAAAGCAUACGCGGAAUUGAGUACUAAUUACGAAACGGCAACAUUGUUGCGAACAUUAAUGGGGAACACACUUAGCGGGGUGGUCGGAAUGUUCGGUAGAUCAUUCGGGACUUUUGAACAGAUUGUAUGGUAGUCUAUGGCAGUCGGUUCAUACGAAGGUUUUGAAACGAAUGAGCAGUUCACAUAAUGUACAGAUCCCGCGAACAAGCACAAAGGGGAUCUGUUACAACAUAUAUCAACGAAAAAAACAGGGGGAUCUGUUACAGGAUCCUGUCCAUCCCUACACAAGACAACGUGUCGUCUGAUUUUUCGUAUAGGAAAAUAAAUUCUGUUGUGCAGGAAAAAUAUAUCUCCUGGUACUAUAACAUUAACAGUAGGAGAGGGUCCAGCUAUGUCAGGAAUAGUCAAAGCGUGCAGGGACACUGGGUUGUCAAUUUAACUAUUGUGGCGGGGGUGGUGGUAAGGACUGAGUGUCAUGAGAGUUCUGCUGCUUUCUGUUUUUAGGAGGACAUUUACAGUUGCGCUUAAUGUGGCCUUUUCUCCCACAAUUCCAACAUUCAACAGGCUUCCUGUCAACCCCUGGUUUAGGGACAGUAAGGGUCAUCAAAGGGGUGACCCUUCUCUUAUUAUUCAAAGUAGCUUCGACCCCCAUAGAAACUUUAACUAGGGUGCCGUGAUCUGGUCUAGCAUUCUGGAAACUAGUCCUUAUGGAAGGGAGGAGACCACCCAUAAAGCAGUUUGUAACGGCUACCCAGCUGGUGAGGGGUAUCAGCCGUUGGAGACGUCCUUUUCUAGGCAAGCUGCUGUGAAGUAAUGGAGUUCUUAUUCCCAUCCACGAUAUCCAAGUGUAUAAUCCAGGAGUGCUGUAAAAUGAGGCAGAGUAACGGUACCAUAAAUCCCCUCCAAGAACGAGACGAGGCUACGUUUUGAAGGGUCAAGUAGAACUGAUGUUUAUUGACAGGGGAUCUCCUUUUACGCAAUAUUGCCCUCUGAAAGGAUCCAUAAGUUCCCACAUAAUUAUCACAACAGCCAAUUACAUACAUGGUUCAACCCCCACGUCUCCUCCCCUCAGAUAACAUAUAACACAAUUAAAACACACAAUUUUAACUACAUUCUGGAUGUACCCCAAAAACAGGGGGUACACCUUUAAGUCCAGCACCGCUUAAUAGCUCUCACUCAGGGGAACAAUAUAUCCAAAUUUCAGUCCAUUUGGUUGAGGGGUUCAGGAGUUAUGGAUCUUUGAAGUUUUGACCGACCGCACAGGUUUUCCAGCCGAAAAGAGUUCCAUAAGUUUUGGCCUUGCGGUUGGUCUCCGUUCGUGCAUAAAAACCCCACGAACCACUUGCCAUCCACAGUCAUCCUGGUGUUCGCCUGAAUCCCCAUGAAUGCUUAAACAAAACUACUGAACGGCCGGUCGUUCGGUAGUUCCAGCACGAACUUACGAGAUCCUGGAAGUCUCAGCGGUGUUCACCUGUUUGCGUAUCCGUUUUUAGUUCCAUGCGUUCACAGGCAAACACCGCCGUUCGUGCGUAAGAUGUCCGCGAACACGUGUAAAGUCCCGAAAUGGCGGCCAUCAAAGGGAUUCGUAUGAACCAUGCGAACGGCUCCACAAUCACUGGGAGGUAAAAUAGCAAUUAACUGUUCCCCUGGGUGGUCUGAUGUUCGGUAUUUUGGGCUGUAUGUUACAGUAGCAAUAUUCACACGAAAACCAGCCAUUCGGUUUCUGUUUAACACAUCCAGCAGCAUUGUUAAUUAAGUCCAGGCAAAAGUAUAGGCAUAAUAAUAGUUCUGUUUAUUAGGAGUCUGGUGGAGGUGAUUUCAAUAUCUGAGUAGCCUAGUAAAGAAUUUUUACAGACUCAUCUUUGCGUGGCAUAAUAGUUUGUGGCUAAUUCUUUGGUCAUAAUAGUUUGUGCCUAAUUCACCGCCCAUUCUCUAAGGGUGGUGAUAUUACAUCCCCCUGAAGCAGAUUUGGUUCUAAACCACCCAUCUGGCUGCAAAUUACCUCUUUUCAGACUAUCCUCAUGGGCAUAGGUAUAUUUGGAAAUUAUCCUAGCUUUAGAUCCAUCCAAGUACAGGGACUGGACUGGAUUGUGGACAGGGACUGGACUAAGGCCAAAGGAGCUUUCUCCACGUCUGGCAACUGCUGUAUUAUUGCUAAUUAAAGGCUUAUAUUCUUCCUGUGGCGAAAGUGACCUCGCUACUGGUUUUUGGAGGGGCCUGUUUGUCAGCCUCCUGCCUUGCGACUAUGGCUCUGGGAUGUAUUGCCCUUCUUGGGAACUGAUUUGGGGCGUAUGGACUUGUAUUGGACUGUUUAUGGCCCUUUAAGAACUGUGUAACGGCUACCCAGGUAGUGAGAGGGUAUCAGCCGUUGGAGGCGUCCUUUUUCCUGGCAAGCUGCUGUAUAGUAAUGAAGUUACUUAUUCCCAUCCACAAGAUCCAAGAGCAGAGUCACGCAUAGCUGUUAAAAGGAGCAAGGUAAUUAUGCAGUAAAUCCCCUUCCAAGAACAAAACGAGGCUACGUUUUGAAGGGUCAAGAAGAACUGAAUUUUAAUGACAAGGAUUCUCCUUUUAUGCGAUUCUGCCCAUAAUUAGUACAGUAACCAAUAACAAACAUGGUACAUCCCACACAUCUCCUCCCCUCAGAUAAAAAGUUAACAUAAUUAACACACACAAUUUUACCCUAGUUUUGGAUGUACCCCAAAUACUUGGGGUACACCCAUAAAUCUAGUAUCCCCAGAUAGCCCUAAUCUGAGGGUACAAUAUAUUUAAAAAUCAUCCCAUUCGGUUAAGGGGUUCGGGUGUUAUGGGACUUUAAAGUUUUGACCGACCACACAGGCACACUAGCCGAAAAUAGUUCCAUAAGUUUUGGCCUUGCGGUCGGUCCUCGUUCGUGCGGUGAAAAGGCACAAAAAUCUUGCCAUCCCUGAAUAUCUUGAUGGUCGCUAGAAUCCCUGUAUGUGGUAUAGUCUAUCUACCGAACGGCAGGACGGUCUGUAGUUUCAGCAUAAAUUUACGGUGUUAUGGAGGUCUCAGCGGUGUUUGCCUACUCGAGUGUCCGAUUUUAGUUCCAGACACUCGACGGCAAAUCACCGCUGUUCGUGAACUAAGAUGGCCGCGAACACGUGUAAAAGUCCCAAAAUGGCGGCCACCCAGGAACUGAAACAAAGAGUUUGUGCGUUUCUCAUACGGAUGGGAUGUGCCGGUCUGGGAGGUAAAAUACCACAUAAUUGAAUAGCAGGGUGGUCCGGUGUUCGGUAGUUUAUAUUCGUAUUUAUGCCUGCUGAGUCCCUACCGUACGGGUCGCAUAAAUAGACGAAUGUUGGUAAAAGUCCCGAACGGUGAUAAAAAUAAUCCACAUGAACCAGGUAAGCAUAUUCCAUUGUAUUCAUAGUCUCUGUUGUUGUAUAUGUACAUGGUCAGUUGUUAGUAUUAAGUAUUCCCAGGCAAAAGGUAGGGUUCUGUUACAAACUGUAUUUGGGCAUAAUGGAUUUUUAUUAUGCUGUUUCUGGCCCUUUACGUAUUUUGGGAGAGGACCUGCAGUUUUGGUAUGGCACUUCGGGUGCAGCCGAAGUAGUUGAAGUGGCCGCCGUUAGAAAACCGAACACAUGGCGGCGGCCAUUUUGAUUCAUUCGAACGUGGUCAGCGGUGUGUGCCGUCAAACUCAAAUUGGCUUCAGAACGGCACGAACACCGCUAAAGUUUUACCUUACUUGGAACUAAUGCAUUUGACAGUUCGACAAUUCGAAUGGUUGUCGUUCGUCUGUUUGAACUGACUCUAACAUUGGAAAUAGACCGACCGCACAGCCUGAUUCUCUGGAACUGUUUUGGGCAUGAAAAUGUGCUUGUGGUCGGUCAUAAAAGGACUUCCAGCUAACUUUUUAACCCCUGGAUGGAAUUGGCUGAAUUUUGGAUUUGUUUAUAAUUAAAGUGUGCUGAAUAAUAUGUCAUUUUUAUGAAGAUUGAAUUUAUAUUUUUAAAGUUACAGUCUAUGAGUAAAAACUGUAUUUCUCUGCCUGUGAUAAUUACAUUAACCCAUUGUGUAACGUAAUUAUAUCACAGGCAGAGAGGAGGAUUUUGGUGGGAGUGUCUGAGUGUAUUGUACGUAUUGAUUGGUUGUACUUCAAAAGCCUGUGGGCGGUACUAUGGUUGUAGAAUGGGCAUAAAAGCAGAGUGUUUGAAUAAAAGUUAAGUUCUUCUUCACCCUCAAUCUAUAGUCCUGUCUCUGAUUGGGGGAAUUGCUAUAUCACUACAAGGGAUUGCUAUGCUCUGCAUGCUCCCUUGGUUAAUCACUUCUAAGCUCUUUUAAGAGCUUGUUCCUGUCUUGCUCUCGGAAGGAGUCUACGGUGGUUAUGGUGUCACUUUAGUGCUUGGAGCCCUCAGGAAGCCGUAGGAACAUCCUUCAACGGAGGUACCCAGUUUGGGUGCCAGGUGAUCCGUUACACUUCCCAGUGUUGGAUAUCUGAUCUUCCUUGUGUAGUCCCCGAAAUCUGUGUUUUUUUUCGGUUUGGGUAUCACAGGGGUCAUAAAUUGUGGAGCUAAUGGUCUUACUGGGGUAUUUAUAGGGGCCACUAGGGGUUCCCCUAAAUCUGGUGUACUACCGUCUUCUUCUUGGGACCCCAUGGAUCUUACUAGAGCAGGGGAGUUUAUAUAUAUAUAUAUAUAUAUAUAUAUAUAUAUAUAUAUAUAUAUAUAUAUAUGUAUUAAUAUUAUACUGCAAUGAGGGUUUCUGGGUCUUGAUUAGGUGGUGAUGAGCUAAUAGGUGAGCCGGGGGCGCCGUGGGAAACCACAACUCCCACAUUUUUCUACCCACCAGGAGUUAGUCUAUUCACAUCUAGGGCAAAUCCAAUAAAGCUUCUGGGUUAUGGGACAUAAGGUGGACACGGGGACCCAGAGGUUUUUAGGAGUUGUUUCAUGGACGACACCUUCCUUACCCGAAUAAGAAGGUGGUUGCUCAGAUUUUGCCUGAGUGGCCUUGUGACAGACCCAUCUGUAUAACUAUUAUUGCUGGUUUGUCUAGUUUGCCUUCCUUUCGUGGAAUUGCCUGUCCGUAUACCCCUAUUCGUAUGUUUGACUUUUUACCGAACGGACGGCCACCCAGAAUAGAAGUGUGCUGCUGGUUAACCUCUUGAUCCCAAUUAGAACGUUGUGGUUAACCGCAGACACCGAAUGCAGGGUUGUCGUCGUUCGUAUGUCGAGCAAGAGGCGGCGGCCAUUUUAAACCAUGCGAAAGACCAGCGGUGUUCGGCGCAGAUUCUAUGGAACUGAAAACGGACACUUUUUCUGCCGAACACCGCUGAAACCACAGACCGCUCUUCUCAGUCGACAAGGCAUGCGAACACCGGCCGUUCGGGAGUUUGGAUUACACGAAUGGACUUAACCCAGACAGCCAUCCCAUGGAGUCAAUCGCAUACCGAAAGACUGUAAAAGACUUUGACUCCAUGGCGAUUGAACUGUGCGUAUGGGAUCUGAGUGCUAUUCGCUAAGAAUAUGCACUCAGAUCCAGGCUAUCUGGGGAUACAUUGCACGAAUGUAAUAUGUUCGGUAGUUGUGUAAUUAUUUAUUUUCAUGUGUUUUUUUGUGUCUUACUUAAAAUGGUGAUUUGCCUCUGUCCUGGGAGAUAAUUGAAUUACUUCUCAUUUAUCUCCAGGGCAGAGGGGAGGAAACCAUGAUGCAUGCUGGGAAUAUUAUGUGUCUGUGUGUCCUAGCAUGCUAAAUGUCUGUCUGUCAUUACAGUCUCCCAUUUGGUCCCCUAGGGGAGUGUCCACCAAGUGGGAGACCUGCAUAAAUACGGGCGGGUAGCCCACAGUAAAGCCAGUUCUUGUUUUACACUCAAUGUGGAGCUUGGUCUCGGUAUGUGGGGAUUUACUACACACGGUUAGCGAUUGAUUGCUUGAACCGUAAGCCGCUUGGAGGAUAUAUUUGUUCGGCUAUUAGCCGCGAUUCGUGGAUUUAUUGUUCGGGAGCUUGGAGCAUCCGUACGGGUCCCGUUCAGGAGAUUGGCACAUUCCCCUGGUUGCAGUUCGUACGGUGGAAGUAUAUACGAAUGGAGUUUGCAUUAUUGCGAAAGGGGAAGCUUAACUAAACGGCGGUUUCACUCCUGUGUGCCAGGGGCGUCUUAACAGGCCUCAUUAGAGGUAACCCCUAUGUUACGGUUGCCUCCAGGCUGGCUGGAAGUUGGACCGUAGAAAGGAUGCUCCCAGCGCUCACCAAAGGACCAUCAGCACCGUAGACACUAUAAGCACUGCAGACUCCACGAACUGCCGCUGCUGGGCUGGGAUCUCGCCGUUUGCCAUCCACCCUGGACCUACAACCAGGCUCCAGGUUCCAGUAGGUGAACCUCUUCCUUCUGUAGAGAAAAGCAGGAUCAGGAACAAGAGCUCAGUAGCUAAGGGAGUAUGAAGAGCAUAGCAAUCUCUGUAGUGAUUAUAGCUGUCCCCUACAAACAUGAGUCGAGGCUGCAAGUUAGAGGGUCAAGUCGUUCUGUUUUAUUGGCACCAAAGGGCCUUCUUUUAUGCAGGUUUUCCUUACAUAGGACCAACCACAGGGUUUUACAGAACAACCAAUAACACACGUACGUUACAGAAAACACUCCCAGCAAUUACACACAAAAUCCUCCCCUCUGCCUGUGAUAUAAUUAUGGUACACAAUGGUUAACAUAAUUAUCACAGGCAGGAAAAAUACAGUUUUUAUACAUGUACUAUAACUUUAAAACCAUACAUCCAAUCUUCAUAAAAACUUUAAAUAUAAACAUACUCAAAAAUCCUAAAAAUCCGUUCAGUAGAUCAAAAGUUAGACGGAAGUCCUUUAUGACCGACCGCAGGCACAUUUUCAUGCCCAAAACAGUUCCAUAGAUUUGGGCUGUGCGGUCGGUCUAUUUCAGGCUGAAAAAAUGACUUAGUACCAUCGCCGAACGGGACUUAGUCUCUGCGGCUGAAAGUUCAGUAUGGGAGAAGGUACAGGUCAGCGGUGUUCACAGAAAUGUGUACCCGAUUUAAGUUCCAUGGAUUUGGCUACACAUACCGCUGACCUCGUUCGAAUGAACAAAGAUGGCUGCCGCCACGUGUUCGUUUGCACGAACUGCGGCCACCCAGCGUUCAGCAAUUUACCUACAGCAAUCCCACAACCUUGGAGGUAAAUUGCCUGCACACUUCCACUUCUGGGUGGUCCACCUGUCUGGUACUUGGUUCAGUAAUCCAAAUUUACUGAACCAAGUGGGAAAUAGCCAGGAACAAAGGGUUUUAACCAAGUCUGGGGACACAGGCUUAAAGGGGCAGUGUCCCAAACAAGUCUGGGGACACUGUCAUAAAGGGGCAGUGUCCCAAUUUUCUCUAUGUCCCAAAAAUGUGCUUGAAGGGCCAGCACCAGUACCAUAAAAGUCCCUAAGCCCCAAUAUGCCCACAGACUGUCUUAAAGGACCAUACACCCUCGGUCCAUAGUCAUGGGGAAGGAGGCUGGCCAUAAGGCUUCUCCAUAAUACCGGGAAGCAGGGCAUUUUGUCACUGGAAAUAAGUUACAAAAGACCUUUUGUAACACCCUAAUAGUCCAAAACAUUGAUAAUAAGGGGGAUCCCUUUCCUAGUGGUCUCUCUACAGCCAUAUUUCGUCAAAUCUACUGCAGUAUUAUGCCAUUUAUUUGCUACCUAUGUUUAAACAAUUAGGACCACUGCAGUGGAAUUUUCAGUCUUUGUCUUCUUAAUCUAAACACAGAUAAAGAGCUCUGCCUUGGAGGAUUUUAAUUCUUAUCCAAAAACAAAUGACAAGGCAGACAAUAAAAACAACUUGAAACCCACAGAUAUAUUCUCCUAUUACUAAAUCUAUUUCACAAGACAUUCCAAUUUCCACCUGAAUAUAAUACAACACUUAAAAACAGUUCUUUGGAUCUGACAUUUUUAAGUCGCUUCUUACCCAGACAGACUGACAGGGGCGUAGAUCUGAGAGCGAAAUUAUUUAGAUAGAAAAGUAAAAGAUUUUUCUUACCUGCUGCACCUGAUUUCACGGUCAGAGGAACGCUCGCCAGUACUCGCCGAAUAUUUCAACCAGCAGAUCCCGCGUUUUGGCACCAAAUUUGUAACAGAUAAAUUAUCCUUUAAUUAUGUUCAGGGGAACCCAAAUCAAUUCAAGCACUUGGAGAAGCAAUAAGGCACACGACACGUGGUGAUAGUUGUGAAUCCAGAAGAAUUGCUUCUAGCUUUAAUUGGGGGAGAUCAGCUUUAUACAGUAGAGGAUACGUGCUUGCGUUCAAGGAAAGGAAUGUAACAAGAGACAUAUUUCUAAAUGCCAAAAAAUACGCAGUUUACAGAAGUACUCCGGUGGGGGCUAGUUUUUAUAAGAAAGAACUUAAUGUAGGACAAAGUUACAUAGUUACAAAGCUGAAAAGAGACUUGUGUCCAUCAAGUUCAGCCUUCCUCACAUAUGUUUUGGCUGUUGAUCCAAAAGAAGGUAAAAAACCCAGUCUGAAGCGCUUCCAAUUUUGCAACAAACUAGAAAAAAAAAUCCUUCUUGACCCCAAAAUAGCAGUCAGAGAUCUCCUUGGAUCAAGCAGCUAUUACCCCACUAAUUAGAAAUUAUAUCCCUGUAUGUUAUUGUGGCGGAACAGACCUCGCCACGUGUUUUGCUUGCUUGCCAGCCUUCUACCUUCUGACUAUGGCUCUGGGAUAUAUGGCAUUUGAAAACACUAUUUGUGCCCUGUGACAAAACUGGAGAUUGUGCACAAAUAUGACUAUUGUCCAUAUGUUUUAUGAUUCCCUUCGUUUGUUGCACUGUUCCACAUGUGUUUCAUCUGUUGGUCCGGCUGGAUAGACUACCAGACAAACUGUGGAGUUACUGGGUGGCCACCAUUUCAUGUAUCAGAGGCACAUGGUGAGAACAAUGGAUGAAGCACAUGGUGAGAACAAUGGAUGGCGGCCAUUUUAACUCACAGACACUGUUUGGACUUUUCUACACGGUGCCAUCUCGUCGGUAUUUGGUGCACAAAAACUACAGAACAGGGGACACAUUAUACAGUAAUUGUUUUUCAUAUAGCCUGUAUAUGUUCUGCGGAAUCUGCAUUAAACCAUAUCUUCCAAACUACUGAACGGAUCUAGGUGCAAUUUGGAUAUGUGGUUCACCCAGAUCCCCGGGUUCCGAGGGUGUAUAUAUAUAUAUAUAUAUAUAUAUAUAUAUAUUUUUUUUUUUUUUUAUGGGGUUAUUGCAUGUUUUGGGGUCCCUGGGAUAUGUUUUAUAAUACCGUUUUUUCCUGCCUGUGAUAAUUAAGUUAGUCUAUUGUGUUGAGAUAAUUGUAUCACAGGCAGAGGGGAGGAUUUCUGAUGUAAUGAAUGGGAGUGUUAGCUGUGUUGAUUGGUUGUUCUUCAAAACCCUGUGGGCAGUACUAUGUUUGAAGAAUGUGAAUAAAAGAGGCUGUAUGUGCCAGUACAGUCAGUUCUUCUUGACCCUCAACACGUAGUCUUGUCUCGAGAUUGGAGGGGACAGCUAUAUUCACACUGGGGAUUGCUAUGCUCUGCAUACUCCCUUGAGCUUUAAUCACUUAGCUCUUUUAAGAGCUUCCUGGUACGCUUCCCCACACGGUCCUGGAGGACAGAAGCUGAUCCAGGGUGGACAGAAGAUGGCCAGACUCCAGUUAAGCUACGGCGGUUGUGGAGUCUGCGGUGGUUGUGGUGUCCGGUGCGGUGCUUGUGGUCCUCAGCGCAAGCUAGGAAGCGUCCAUUAACGAAAGGUUCCGUUACAGUUGUUUUUGCAUGCAUUUAUCCAACUGCUAUUAAAACAUCUGUAUGGACUCUGAUAAAACCACCUCUUCAGGCAAAUAAUUCCAUAUGCUUAUUGCUCUUACUGUACUUUCUUUUCUUUACCUUAGAUUAAAAAUAAUUUCUUCAAGCCUAAAUGUGUGACCUCGUGUCCUAUAUACAGCCCUGUUUAUGAAUAGAUUCCCAGAUAAUGGUUGGUAUUGGCCCCGAAUAUAGUUCAUUUAAGCAUAAAGCAUUACAUGAGUUUGUUAGCCAAUUUUAAAAUAGGCUAGCCAUUUAUGGCACCUACAAGCUUGAGCCUUGGAAUUAAGGUACAUUCCUUCACAGCGGCCACCCGGUUAGGAACACUGGUUUUGCCACCAGAGAUGUUCUUUUCCCCCUAGUAGUGAAUUAUGCUGUAAUAAUCCCAAGCAGGCUUCCAAAUAGCGAUAAUCCAAAGCAGGUAUAGUAGUGAUAUAGCAGGUAUAGCUUUCCCCACAGACAUUAGUCAAUACUGAAUGCUGGGGAUGAACUGGUUUAUUGGAGGCCACACAUGGCCUUUUAUGCAACAGCACCUGCAAGGGGUUUCCAACUCAAUAUUACAGGGUAAUCUCCUCCUCCCCCUCUCCCCCCCCCCUCCCAUGAUUUUCUCUGUACCUGAGAGAGAACUGCUUGAAAGCAAACCUCUAAAUUUAAUUAUCUCUCGGGUACAGAACAUGUACAAUUGUUACAACCCAAAAUAUACUCCGUAUAGUCAGGUACCCCCUCAAGUCCUAUAUCCUCAGAUAGCUUGGUUCUGAGCGCCAAGCAUAUCCAAAAAGCGCUCAGAUCCCACGAACGCAGCCAGGGUAAAGUUCUGACCAACCGCACACGAGGCUCCUGCCCAGAUUAGAUCCAUGGAGUUGGGAUGAGCGGUCAGUUUGUUUCGAGGGUACAAAAUACCGAACGUGGAUAUCAGUCCGUAUGCUGGUUAUGUGUACCUCGUUUGGGAGUAAGCUCCCACCGAACAGUGUUCCUUUCAGAUGAAUAUAGUCUAAUGCAGGUGGAGAUGGAAAUUCACCGGUGUUCGUGCGGUUGAGUGUCCUAUUUUAGUUCCACGCACUCUGUGACCAAACACCGCUGCCUGCGUUCGCGGCUCAAGAUGGCCGCCACCACGUGUUCGUACAUACGAACGGCGACUACUUAGAACGCUGCGGCUACAAGUAUUAAUGAGGUGGUGACAGAGGUUAACAAGCAGCACACGCAGCAAACGGGUGGUCUGGUAGUUUGUGGGUUUUGUUCUGUGUCCGAACAAAAUAAUAAUAAAAUUGAAGGAGAACACAAUAUACUGAACAAAUAUAAGAAUGGAAAAGAGCUUUACUAAUCCAGGGAUAGGGUGGUCUGUUACAAUAAUUACUGACUCAUGGGACACCAAGCGAUCCUUUUUAGGAUACACUGCACCAUCACUACUGACUCAUGGGACACCAGGCAAUUCUUCUUAGGAUCCACUCACGCACUACACCAUCACUGACUCAUGGGACAUCAAGCGAUCCUUCUUAAGAUCCACUCACCCACUGCACCAUUACUACUGACUCAUGGGACACCAGACGCUUCGUACAUAUUGCUUCAUUCUCUCACAUUUGAAAUCUCACCUUCCCUCAACUAUAGAAAUAUGUGUAUAAAUGUGUUUAUUUUAGUCAGGGGGUUUUAGAGGCCAUCAAUGUUCCAUCAGAGGAUCUGAAUAUAAAGGAAUCCACUACAAAGCGAGACUACAAAGUUGAUGGCUUUACAUCCAGGCCUCCCGCCCCGAACAAGGUAUAAACACCAGUUAAAGAGAUGAGUUGAGAAUUUUUACAAUUUAAUUUUAACCAAAAAUGUGCAAUUCCUGUUUGUCUCCCACAGUUUUCUGUUUAGCCAAGAAAACCAUUCAGAUUUAUUUCCUAUUCUUCAAAUAUAAUGCUGAUGUCCCAUUUGUGAAUAACCAAAUUGCACAUUCUGAUGCAUUGUGCAAUUAGGGUUCAAUCAGCACUCUUGUAGUAAAUGUUGUGUUUUUUGUUUUUUAAUGUUGCUUCUCCAAGUGACGAAUGUUGAAUGAGUUUAUACAAUCUCUGUAAUCAGUCUUCGAUACUUGGGAAUAACUGUUAUUUUGUGUGAUCUAGAGUCACAACUACCGCACCGAACAAGCAGUUACCUUCUGGGCUGAGAAACUCCACAGAAUCCCAGUAAGUACAUCCCAUCUCCCCGUCUGUCUUUGGGGGGGUAUCCUACUACAGAACCCAUUGUGUAAUUCUUUCUCCUCUUUUAGGGAGUGUCAGACAUAAAAAUGAGGGACACUCCGUUCAAGAAGACCUCCGUGUUCUCCACACCGAUAACCCAAUAUCUGGAUCAGCCGUUACCCCACAGCCUGCAGAACUACCCCAACAUGUGACGGCCCCACAAACUAUAGAGCAUUUGUAAUUGUAAAGACCCCUCUCGUCAUACUGAACCCCGCUGUCCAGUGCAAACGCCUCACCAGAUUCUUUGAUGUAAACAGAACGUUCACGAACUGGAGAAAUUGCUGUACAUAUGAAUAAAAUAAGAGGGUUUACACUGCGAUUUCUUGUCAUUGCAGUUAUUCCAGGUCUGGUUAUUGGUAAAGAAAUAGCAAUUACCUAAACUAUGUCUAGAUUAUGUAUUAAAGGAACACUCCAAGCACUAUAACCACUACCGCUAACUUCCAGAAGUAGUUGGAGUGUCCCCCAUGGUAAACCAUUUUAGAACGGCUUGGCUUUUUGUACUACUUGAUGAGCUUCCCACCUCACUACUUCCGACAGAGAAAACAAUUUGAC